AUGGCAAGGAGUAUAAGUAAGACUUGUUUUGAUGAUUCAACUCCCUUUGGGGUGAUUUUUUUUCAAUGUCUCCGGGGUGUUGACUGAAUGGUCAGUUUAUAAAACUGUGCUGUUGUGGUUGGUCGCUUUUCUGAAUAAUAGAUUUAAGUUUUAUAUUGGUUGAGCUAUUUUUACAUAAAGUUGCUCUGUUAGGUGGAUUAUUUAAUUGUAUGUAUAUAUUGUGAUGAUUUCAAUUCUUUAAAAAGUGUUUUACAGGUGUUGUUCAAAUAGAUAGAUAGCAUUUCAUUGUUUUAAAUAAUGCCCUUUCCUCUCAAAAUGCCCCUGGCCUAAUACCCCGCUUUGGUACUGAUCUCCUCCCUCCUCCUCCUUUCUUUCCUUUUCUUCCUAAUGAUCUGAUUUUAAAAGAGAAUUGGAAUUUAAUUUAUGUUUGAAGACCACACCUAAAAGCUUUAGCAAUGGAGUCAUUGCUACUUUUUCCCAUUGCAGAAAGUAUCUUACCAGGCUGAGGCAUUUUUCUGCUGGAGAGGUGGCUCCACAGAAACACCCUCUGUCAUACAAGCAGUCCUUGGGCUGGCAGGGACCAUAUUCCAGAUGAGGGGGAGCAUGAAGCCAGGCUCUGGGCUUUCAUUUCAUGUUGGAAUGGAGAUGUAAAAUCACUUCUUUUGUACUCAGGUCAGGACAACAGAUCCACACCUGGGAGCUUGAUGGAGGGUGAAGGGAUCAACGGUAAUCCAGGACAAGCUGCACCUGCUGCUCAGGUAAGGCCAGAAGGGUAGUUGGCAGAUGAAUGGUUUCUAUAAUAACUGAAAUGUGCUUCAUUUGCAACUAAGUAGAGCCUGUGAUGCCUUUAGCACCCUGGGGUGGAGCUCCUUCUCAGUAAUAGCACUGUCUGCUCAUCCCCAACUUCUUCAACCAGUGCCUCUAUGCCUUCUGUAAAUGUCUGGAGUAAAUGUCUACCAGGAAGUGUCUGUCCUCUCCAGGUCAUUGAAAACAUCAAGGAGGCGCUCGAUGGCCUUAAGAAGGCGGUGAAAGCAGUAUUAAAGCAGGUUGAAGCAUAUUUUGGGAAGCUCCAGGAGCUUGAAGAAAAACUCCAGCAGAUGCUAGCAACACUCCAGCAAGCAAGAGGUAUUUUUGAGAACCCUGUCUUCACAAAUUCUGGGGACAUGGCCCUCCCAAUGAUGUUGGGUCUCAAGUCCCAUCAUAUCUGAUGAGCGCUGGCCAUGUUGGCUGGGGCUUAGGGGAGUCCCACCACAGUCUGGAGCCCAGUUCAGUGCGCCUUUGUGGGCAGCUGGUAGCCAUGCCAGGGCUUGGCAUCAGGUCUCUAGAUCAGGGUUGAGGUGGUGGUUCCAGGAAAUGGGCUCCAACGGUUCAGGCCCCUUCCAUGGGCGCCGCCAUUACAGUCCUUCAAAGGGUUUUAAAAUAUUGAUAAGAAAGGGACUGAAAAUAAAAUAAAAUAAAAUAAAUAAAAUAUAAAAUAAAAUAAAAUAAAACUUGUCUUUUUUGCUGUGGCCCCUGCACUAGCAGAGGAGGGCCCAUGCCUUUCUUUCCCCUGGCUGGUUAACCCCUGCGCGGUUCCUCUGUUCUUUUGUUCCAGUUGCUGGGGAUAUUGGCUUGGGCUAGGUGGUGCAUUCCCUCAUGGCUUCCCUGUCUCUCCCGAUUCGCUCCUAUCACCCUCCUCCUUCCCCACAUGUUAACUGUGGGUGCACUUUACCAAUACAGUCGUACCUUGCAUCCCAGAAGUGACUGUUCCAGUUUGCAAACUAUUUUUGGAAGCCGAAUGUCCGACGGGGCUUCCACAGCCAAUCGGAAGCCGUGCCUUGGUUUCCAAAUGUUUUGGAAGUUGAACGGACUUCUGGAAUGGAUUCCGUUUGACUUCCAAGGUACCACUGUAUAUGUUCUCAGAGCAGGGGCAACCCUAUUGCCGCCUUCAGUUCUGGUAAAGCUAAGAAUUGCUUAUGCAGAUCUUGAUGCCCUCAAGACCGAGGCUGUCAUCUGAUGCGACCAAGCACUCCUAUCAGAGAAGCAAAUCCUCAAAUAGUUGAAAUGCCUCACUUGUUCAAUUGAUUGUCCAUUUAGGAGCCAUUUCUGCUUCUUGGGCUGUGCCCCCAAUACAACGGCUUUUGUCUUGGUACAAUUUGUAUUCAAAUCUUUGUUAUGACCCAGUGUCCCAAAGUUCUUUAGUACCUCAUAUCCACUUGUGUUUGUGCUAACAACACUGUAUCGUUGGCAUGUAGCAAAAUGGAUACAUUAUGCUAUGAAACUGAAACAGGGGAAAAAUCUGGCCAUUUUGGUUCCUUUAAUCAUCAUUUACAUAAAUGUUAAAAAGCACAAUUUUAAAAAGAAUUUAAAAGUAUUUAAAAAUAUUUAAAAUUAUUUAGGAAUUACAAGGUUAACCUUUUAAAAAGAUAUUUACAAAGUUUUAAAAGCCUGUAUGUGUAACUGCUGAUGAUGUUGGGGGGUGGCGGCAGCUGUGAUUGUAAGACUCCCUUAAAACUGAUUUACAGUGCUGGCUCUUGGGGAUUGAAAGGGCACAUAAAAAGGCCUUACCCCAAAUUAAAGAAAAAACAGCAAACAACCCAGUCAAACAAUUAAAAAAAAACACCUGUGGAGCUCAGAUGAACAAGUCCCACUUUGGUGCCAACUUGACCGGAAUGACAUGCACAGAUGCUCCUUUCUUUUCCUGAGUUAUAGCAGCUCUUUUGGCUGAGGUGUGGCAUACAUGCUUGCCUAGAGAAUUCGGGGAUGGCCACUUCCAAUCUACCAGGAAGCCUUUUUUCUGCUGGAGAAACAGCUUGCACCAGCAGAGGGAGGCAGCACUCCACAGAAAAAAACUGUCAUACAAGCCGUCCUCUACGGCUGAAAAACAUGAGGCAUCCUAGCACUGCAUGACAGAGGGGGAAACUGCUUUGGCUGGGAGGGGACUGGAAGUGACCAUAUCAUAGCUGUCAACUUUCCCCUUUUCUGGCGAGGAAUCCUAUUCAGAAUAAGGAAAUUUCCCUUUAAAAAAGGGAAACGUUGACAGCUAUGGACCAUAUUCCAGAUGAGCGGGAGAAUAAAGCUCUAGGCUUUAGUUUUAUGUUGGAAUGGAGAUGUAAAAUAACUUGUUUUGUAUUCAGCUGAGGCCAUGAGAUCCAAGGUGCCAAUCAAUGGGGAUCAUCCAAUUUUUGCUGUGAUAUCUGCUGAGGUAAGCCCAGAAGAGUUGCUGAGCUUUUGGGGGAAAUCGCAAAAAAAAUGGACGUCUUUGAGCUUUUUUAUAGUAAAAUCACCAAAAACAGCACUGCUGACAUGGGUUGCCAUACAUCUGGAUUUUUCUGGACAUUUUGCCAAUUUCUGCCCAGACACUGCUUCCUACAGCAGUAUUCCAUGUAUGUCUGGGAAAUUCUGGAUGUAUGGCAACCCUAGGGUGGGUGGCAGGUUAACUUAAUCUGGUUGGAUCGUUUAAAUUGCCAGAAAAAGGGCCAAUUUAAAGCAGUAGCUGUCUAGUUCACGUAGUUCCUGAACAAGCAUACAUGGAAAAAUGGUUUCUAUAAUAGCUGAAAUGUGCCUCAUUUGCAGCUAGGUAGAGCCUCUCUGCUAAUGCAGAGCACAAUCCAAAACUUCAGGCAAUGCCAUUUAUAUACCCAGAAUCCAGAGCAGCUCUGAAGUACCACCGCUGUAACACCAGCGCUUGGCCUUCUGGCACCUGCAGGCUAGGGAAAGAGCUCUCUGGGCGCUGCCUGUGAUGCCUUUAGCACCCUGGGGUGGAGCUCCUUCUCAGUAAUAGCACCGUCUGCUCAUUCCCAACUUCUUCAACCAGCGCCUCUGUGCCUUCUGUAAAUGUCUGGAGUAAAUGUCUACCAGGAAGUGUCUGUCCUCUCCAGGAUGUUGCAAACAUGAAGGAGGCGCUCGAUGGCCUUAAGACGUCGGCAGAAACAGUAUUUAUGGCUGCGCAAAUAUUUCUUAUGAACCUCCAGGAGCUUGAAGAAAAACUCCAGCAGCUGUCAGCGGUACCCCAGGAGCCACAAGCAGGAGGUAUUUUUGAGAAUCCUGUCUUCACAAAUUCCGGGGACAUGGCCCUCCCAAUGAUGUUGGGUUUCAAGUCCCAGCAUCCAUGAUGAGCGCUGGCCAUGUUGGCUGGGGCUUAGGGGAGUCCCACCACAGUCUGGAGCCCAGUUCAGUGCGCCUUUGUGGGCAGCUGGUAGCCAUGCCAGGGUCGCCUUCGCUGCGUGGAAGGGGUGGCAUCCCUCCCCCCAGGAGCCCAGAGGCCAGUAGCAGACUGCGCAUGUGCCUCUGAAGGGCACCAAGGUUUGCUGUCUUCCUUGUGUGUCCAUUUUUUGCCAUAAAAAAUGAAAGUACAGCAUAAUGGAAACAUACCCUCCAACAUUUCUCUGAUGAAAAGAGGGACAUCCUAAGGAAAAGUGGGACAUUCUGGAAUCUAACUGGAAACUGGGAUGGCUUCUCUAAAUCAGGGACAUCCCUGGGAAAUAGGACACUUGGAGGGUCUGUGAAAAUACAGUUUAUGGUUGUACAUGCCAUAUACCAGUUUUAACCGGUGGUUCUUUGGCUUUUCCCUCAGCUAUUCUUUCACUUGAGGAGGAGGAAGAGGAGGAGGAGGAAGAGGAAGAAGAAGAGGAGGAGGAGGAGGAAGAGGAGGAGGAAGAAGAGGAGGAAGAGAAGGAAGAAGAAGAGGAGGAAGAGGAGGAAGAGAAGGAGGAAGAAGAGGAGAAGGAGGAAGAGAAUGAAGAGGAGGAGGAAGAAGAGGAGAAGGAGGAAGAGGAGGAAGAGGAGGAGGAAGAAGAGGAGAAGGAGGAAGAGAAUGAAGAGGAGGAGGAAGAAGAGGAGAAGGAGGAAGAGGAGGAAGAGAAGGAGGAAGAAGAGGAGAAGGAGGAAGAGAAUGAAGAGGAGGAGGAAGAAGAGGAGAAGGAGGAAGAGGAGGAAGAGAAGGAAGAGGAGGAGGAAGAAGAGGAGAAGGAAGAGGAGGAGGAAGAAGAGGAGAAGGAGGAAGAGAAGGAAGAGGAGGAGGAAGAAGAGGAGAAGAAGGAGGAAGAGGAGGAAGAGGAGGAAGAGGAGGAAGAGAAGGAGGAGCCCCCGAAGAAGAAAAACAAAGAAAACUGAGGGAAUAUAUUUUCAUUUAUAUUUCUCUUAUCAGUUAUAUUCCUAUAAUUAUUUUAAAAGUUCAGCAAUAUAAUGUGUAUUUGUACUGAAUAGAGAUUAGUCUUCUGAGCACAGUCUGUGAAAAGGUUUCUGAAGAUCAGCAGCACUUGGCUUUAGCUUGCUGCUAAGAAAUCACUUGUUGCUCCUUCCUUUCAUAUAUCACUGUUUUAUUGCAGUCCUUGCCAUAGCUAUCCAGAGAAGUAUUCUCAGGAUCCUGUUGAGGUUUCUGCCUUCCCUCCUUCCCCCCGGACAGAACUGGUUCUUUGGAAUCUGGUAGCCACUGUCCCUUAAAGUUUAGCCUUUUGAGACGCAGGACCCACUUUUCACCCAAGCAUGCACCUGAGAGCUCCUUUCUUAAAUUUCUGGGGCAUGCAUUUCUAUUCCCUGAAUUGUGGAGGCUCCAUUGACAGCAAUGAGAAACCGAGCCUUUAGAGUCAUCAGCCCAGACCUGUGGAACUCCUUGCCAAUAGAGAUUAAGAGGGUGCUUUCUGUGCCAACUUUUAAACGCCUACUGUUUCAUUCCACCAGGCCUAUGCGGGCACACCUCCCACAAUGGUAAAUGGGUGCACUUAUACAUUUUGUCAUUCAGUGGUAUAUAUUCCUUUAUUAAUAAAUAAAAUAGUUAACUGAAUAUGUUGAGAGUGCUUCUGUUGUGAAGCUGAAAGCAACACUUUAAAGCAGGUGUGGGGAACAUCAUCCAGAUGUUGUGAAUCUGUAGCACCCCCACCUCUGGUUAUCAGCUGUGUUCCUGGGGCUGUUGGGAGUUGCAGUUCAGCACCAUCUGGGGGGUUGCCUUGGGUUUCUGCCUUGGGUUUCUGACACUGUGAUAGAAACCCACAACGGAGAUGGUGCAGCAGAGGAGGAUGCACAGACCGCUUUGCAUUACGGUGCAGAACAUGUCUGGGUUCACUGGGAUUAGAGAUGGCAGCAGUGACCAACCCUUUUCCCGCAGCCAAAGGGCCCCCCUGCCUCCCAUCUGGGGCUAGUGUGUCAGUGUUGGCUGUGGCCACUGCCAACUCCCACCUCACAUGCACACAUCAGAGCACCACAGUGACCAGCUGGCAACCCCUCUCCUGUCAAAUCCUCAGCAAAGGACAAGGGGCUGAGGGGACAAUUUCCUCCCCAUCACAGCGCUGGGAUGGGCAGAGUGCUUGAAAUCUCUUUGCUCAGCCCAGUGCCGAGAUGGGGAGGAAAACCGCAACCGCUCUGCUCUUCAGAUGAGAGGCAACAGGACUUGCUGUUACUUGUGAGAUACUCAAGGCCACUGUCGUCCACCUCCUUCUUCCAAAAUUCCUGGAUCUGGGCAGUGCAAGGAUUCUUCCAUGAAUCAUUCUUUUAAUUUCCCCAGGCAGUUUCAGUUUUUGAUUGACUCACAUUCCUGGGAAUGUUGAACCUUCCUCUUGUUCCUGUGCUGUUACAUAUUACAUAAACAGCCGUUCAGCAGUUGAUGGGGGAAGUUUCUCUAGGGUGUCUCAGUCCAACCAUCUAGUUUCCAACACAUUCCCAUCUAAUUGGGGGGUUGGGGUUGGGAAUGUGCCAAAAAAUACUUCUAAGGCCUUUGGCCGCAGAAUGGGGCUUCCUAAACAUUUCUUGAGCCUUAUACAUGCUGCUGAGGUCUUCUAGGUUUCACUGAAGGUGAGGAGCCAGCCUACCGUCUCCUGGCGAGCGGCUCCAAAUCUUUGCUUUCAAAGAAACAAUAAAUGUCACAAUUCACGAGGAAAUACUCAAAAUGUAAGUCAUUUUCAAAGGAGGUUAAAUCGGUGCACAUAUGCUCUCUUUGACCUGCUCGUAAAUUCUGGUAAAAUAUUACGGUGGCACAUCAGCACAAUCUGUUUCUUUUUUGAAACCUUUGUUUCCUGCUCUUCUGGUGCAAAAAACCAGCACACCGGGCGGCUUAUGGCUUUUAACAUGGCAAUGACAUUUGAAGCAAUAUAAAAUAAUUGUGCAAGGUGACAAGGUUGGUGUUUGAAAAAAGGCUAAAACGUAUCAUCUGCCAGUAUCACCUACAUUGAUGGGCAGCAGCUCUCCUGCAUCCCAGGCAAGCAGAAGCCCCUGGGAGGACAAUAAACACUUUUGGGGAACUGUGCGGGAAAGGAGUUUUCCCCUUAACUGAGGACUCUGGAAGAAGCUGUUCUGGCAGCAGGACAUCUCUGAAGACUCAGCUGGGGUUCUGUAAAGCCUGGUGAUACAUCACAUUGGUUGAGGUGUGGUGAGCUACCGACUGACUCCCACAAGUCACCAACUGAGAGUUUCAUGGUCCAGAUCCCAUUACACCCAGAGGUACUGAAAACUUUAGCAACUUUAAUGGCUUUGAAAGGAAAUCAGAGAAAUUCAAUGUUGAUAUUUCUAUGCUGUCCAUCAGACUGGGUUGCCCCAGCCAUUCUGGGUGCUCCCAGCAAAUUAAAACAUCAAAAACAGUAAAACAUCAAACAUUUAAAAAAACCUUCCCUAUACCGAAGCCAAUUGGAUAGACUGUUGAAUCUUAUUCCAAAUACUUUGGAAAGGACAGGAUCUUUCACUGCACUUCAGAGCAGUCAGCUAACGUAGGGGUAUAGGACAGGCCACAGGGCACUCACAGGUUGGUCCCCUCACCUCGGCAUCUGCUGCCUGAGGCAGCUACUUCACUCUGGCUCAUCACAUGGCUGACCGUGCUUGGGAAUAUGAGUGGGAGAGGGCCGUUGCACGCAGGUCCUGCUUAUGGGUUUGCUGUGAGCCUCUGCUGGGCAACUAUGGGGAACAAGGUGCUGGAUUAGAUAAUCCAUUGGUCUAAUCCAGAAGGACUGUUCUUACAUCCUGGGUGGAAAUGGACUGGAGUCAACUCCAACUUGCCAAAAUCCCUGGAAUACCAAGACUUGCAGACUCCCACACUAGCAGAAGCUGGCUGAGCUAUUGCUUCACUUCUUUAAAAAAACAAAAACAAACCCCUUUUGCCAAGCUUGGCGAUCACUUCUAGUAGCAAACAUACAAAUUAAAGUUGCAUUUUUGCGUGGGUAGGAAGGGUGUCAUUUCCCUUUUGCUUAUUUAUGUCCUCGGCUUUUAGUCUCCACAACUGGCACAAACACAAUUGGAAAUCUUCUUCAGUUCAAAGGGAGGUAUGGUUUACAGGCAAGGUGACACAGCCAGUUAUGUUUCCACAAAAAAGGAAGGGAGGAGGAGGAAGAGCGAGGAAAGAGCUCUCCACCUCAGCUCAGAAUUAUUUUGGAAGAGAGAAGGGGGGGAAGAGGAAAUCUUUCUUCCCUUUCAGUCUUCCCCCCCCCCUUCUUCUUUUUGAAGAAUAUGCCAACUCACCCAUAGAGGUAGAAUAGGAUGCCGGCCCUCCAAGACUUGCUCCUCUGCUGUAAACAUAGUUAAAAUUGAGCUGCAGCUAGUAAGACCAAGCACUGGGUGCCUCUCACAGAAAGCAAAUGCUAAAAUUGGGUUCAGUGCUUCUCUCCAGAAUCUCUUUACAAGAUUAUAGCUUCACAUGUCUCCUUCUAAUAGCAAAUUCAUCUGGGAAGACCUGAUAAACGGUAGCCAAACACAUGGAAAACACAUUUGGGGGUGGGGAAUAAGAGUGCGCUGCUCCACAAACCUUAAAAAGCACCUUGUUGUGUCCCCCCCCCCCCGCCCCGGGGCUGUGGGUGAUGAAACAAUUACUGAGACAACUAAAGUGCUGGUGGUGAAAAACCCUUCCAAAUGAGACCAAACACAGGUUAGAGCUCAAUGUAGAGCCUUACCAAGUGGAGAUAGCGAUGGAGGAGGAGCGAGGAGGACCACUGUUGCUGGAUCUGUUGGUGAAAACAGAACCAGGAGACUCCUUCAGGUGGUUCAUAGUCUAACAGAACUACCUUCACCAUCAGGGUCUGAUAAAAACUCCAAGAUCUCCUGUAAUGACUCCUGUAAUAAGUUUUUUUGCAGAUAAAAUCACUCAGGUUUGAGGUAGACUCCACCAUGGUAGCAGGGCCGAGGUGGGAGGCUGCCAGAGCUCUGCCUAGUCAGAGACACCGUAGUAUGGCUUGCCAGUUCCCGGGGCCACGUGGAGGAGGGGGUAGGAGGGAGGGAAACAGACGGAGUACUCAUGCACAUUCAACUGCCUAAUGGCAUCCACAUCACCCAGGGGAUCACAGCCAAAGAGAUAAGAAAAGAAGAGUCAUCCCAUUGUCUGGAGAGGUCGCUUACUUGUUUGCACGGACAAGCCAUUGUCAUUGCACCCCAGUGAUGGAAGAGUGCAGCUGUAUUGAGGCAGCACCAGGUGCUGAAAUUGUGCACCUCUAACAAUUUUGUGCCUGGGGCAACUGCCCCUGUGCCCCCGCACCCCACUAUGCCACUGGGUCUAGACAAGUUGUAUGGGAUCAAUUACAACCUGUUGCCUCUGAGGAUGUGGGCAGACUUGAAUGAGUGAAACCUACCACCUGUCUCCUUGAUCCUUGCCCAUCCUAGCUCAUAAAAGGGAACUAGGCAUGACUGAACAAUAGGCUCUGUGGGCCGGUGAAUGUUUCCCUCUGUGAGGGAGUCUUCUCGGACCCCCUUUAAGAAGUGAUUAUUAAACUGCUUAUUAAAAAGACAUAUUUGGACCUGGCCAUUAUGCCCAAUUAUCGUCCAGUCUCAAACUUUCCAUUCCUGGGCAAGGUGAUUGAGCAGGUACUGAACAACUCCAGGCAUGUCUGGAGGAUAAUGCAAAAUAUAGAUGUUUUUGGCAAAAUCUCAGGAUAUACCAUAAAUAGGUCCAAAUCGGAGUUGAUGUUAUUAGGAAAUAUAUUUUUUUGUUCAACUGUUUAAACAAUACCAAUUUCAUACUUGUACAGAAAAUGUUAAUUAUCUAGGCACAUUAAUACCAUGAGAUUUAUCAGCAAAAUAUUCCUCUCAGCUCUUCCUCCUGACUAGGCUGCUUCUGUGGGAAAAGAGAGCUGUCACGUGCCUUGCCCUCCACCUUUUUAACAACUCAACUGACCUCAGUGCAUUUUGUCCUUUCCCUCAGGCAGCAAAAUGUCUUAGGCUGGCCUUGGGCGGGUAGGAACACUGAGCAUAAGUACUCGCCACAUUGCAACAUUUUGUUUCAGAACCCACUUGCAUAAAUUAAAAAAGGAAAAGAAGGGAAUGCUUUUUAAAAAAAUGAUUUGCUGAGAACUCCUUUCUCUGAUCAGUGAGUAAGUCCAAACAGCUCUGUUAUGUACUGAGUUGAAUAGGAUCCAAAAGGCAGCAGUCUGAUUGGUCCUAGAACAAUAGGAUUCAGAACGCAGCAGUCUGAUUGGUCCACAGGAGCCACCCAAUCCAGUUCCAGGUGGAAAUGAAUCCACAACCUGAUUGGCCUACAGGAGAAUCCCGGAAUUAGCCAAUCACGUGGGGCCCAUUGUGUAAAUAAUGUAUAUAAAGCAGACAUACUGGGGGAACUCCCAUUCCUCCUCACCACUAUGAGCUGAAUAAAGAGCAUGAAAUCCACUCUCGACUCCGAGUAUAUUUCAAGCUCCCACACAUCUGGGCUUAGGACUUCCAGAGUAGAUGUGUGAUCCCAAGCUAUUGUUUGGCAUGCCAUAUUUUUCACUUCAGAAUUGGAGCACUCUUGCAGAGACUGUCCCUUUGUUCAGAAUGUCACAGGCCUACAGUGAAAAAUUGACACUUCUGAUUUCAGGUUCAGGCCCUCCAGCUGUUUCUGGACUCCAGAUCCUAUAAUCCCAGAUCAUUGGUCAUGAUGGUCAUGGGCACUGGAGGCCAGCAAAAUCUGAAGGGGGACAGAUCCCCCACCUCAGCUGUAGAAAAAUAAGCUUCACUGUCUUCAGGCAGGCUUUGAAAUGUGGAUCCAGCAACUCCCAAGUUAAGGGGCAGACCAGUGAUAGCUAACCCUAGUUCAGGAUGAGGGCCACACUGAUUCGUGGUCAACAUUCGGGGGGGCACAUGUCAGAGUAAGUGCCACUGAAGUGUAAAAGUGGGUGCAGGCUUUUUUUUUUAACGACCACAUUGUUUGGGGCUUGGUGGAGUCACAAAAAGCUUUGGACCUCACAGAAUAACAGCAAGGGAUCCUCAGGAGAGGUCAGUUAUAACAGUACAGUGGUACUUCGGGUUACAUACGUUUCAGGUUACAGACUCCGCUAACCCAGAAAUGUUACCUCGGGUUAAGAACUUUGCUCCAGGAUGAUAACAGAAAUUGCGUGGCAGCAGCGGGAGGCCCCAUUAGCUAAACUGGUGCUUCAGGUUAAGAACACUUUCAGGCUAAGAACGGACCUCCAGAACGAAUUAAGUUAUUAACCCGAGGUACCACUGUAUUAUUUUCCCCAUAUGUGGGGUGGAGUGGGGGGGCAGGGCUUAUAAAGUGAAGUUGAUCCUCCACUGUGGGCACUGGUGGAGGAAGAGGAGUGCGGGGGGAGCGCACCGUUCCUGGCAACGCAAUCCCAGCAGGGUGCCAUGGUGGCUGCCCCCCUCCCCCGUGUUGGGCGUUCCGCAGAUGGUGCGCCCUGCGCCCAGGACGUGCACCAGCCCUGCUCCCGUCUGCUCUCCGCCCCCCAGUGCCAGAGCAUGAAGCUCCGCCACUGACUGUGGGUUACUUUUGUUCAAAGCAAGGUUCCUCUGGGGGGAGAGGAAGUUGCAAAGUAAGUCAGAGGCAAAGCAGCCAAAAGCUAGGUUCUAUAUUUGCACACAUGAUUUGCAGUGAGCCAAAGGCUGAAUUGCUGCUGUUUUUUCAUAGCCUAGAAUAGCAGGUGUAGGCGAAAGGUCUAAAGUUAGACAACCAGGUCUUUGUCAAGGCAUUUGCUGACCAGCAGGUCAUAGAGAAGAGGAACGUCAGCAUUUCAACUCUGAGCCAAAAGUUUGGCUUUUGCUAUUUUUUGACACCCUUGGUCAUGAGCCAAGUGUGAUUCUCGAACUCUGAAUGCUGAAUUUGCCAAAUCCAUACAGGCCCUUUUCAUCUCUCAUGCUCAGGAAGUAGCAGCCACAGCUCAGGAGAGGGUUUUUAAUUUGAUUCUUUUCCAUGGGGUGGGGAAAACCCAACACUUUUAAUCUUUUCUUAUUUUUAUGCAAAUUGGGUGAUCCAAAACAAGGAGGGUUAUAUCUGCACCCUCUCUUUAGCACAGAUGGCCUGCAGGAGAACUUCCUGUCCUUAAAAAUAAGACUGAACUUUUUUGGCUGGGAAGGCAUUGUCUGCCACAUUUGCAGUUGAAGGCAGAGCUGGGGGGUUUUUUGGGGGGGGCAGGAAGGUUCAGCAGAGGGCAACCAAAAUUAUCAAGGGGAUAGAGCAACUCCCAGAAGAGGAGAAGCUGAACAUUUGGGGCUUUCUAGUUUAGGGGGGAAAUGAGUAACAGAGGACACAGUCAGGGUACAUGCAUAGUGUAGAGAAAGUGGAAUGCAAGGAGUUUUUCAUCCCUCCAUAAUUCUAGAACCCAAUGGCGCCAUCCAAUUGUGGGUUACUGGGUGGUUGUUUUUAUUUUGAUUACAGGUGUACCUUGGAAGUCGAACGGAAUCUGUUCUGGGAGUCCGUUUGACUUCCAAAAUGGCCAGAAACCAAAACACGUCUUCUGAUUAGAUGCAGGAAACUCCUGCAGCCGAUCAGAAGCCAUGGAGGUCCCGUCAGACAUUCGGCUUCCAAAAAUAGUUUGCAAACCAGAACACUCACUUCCGGGUUUGCGACAUUCUGGAGCCAAAAUGUUCAGGAACUAAGCUGUUCGAAAACCAAGGUACGACUGUAUUUAUUUUAUGGUUUUAUAUUCUCAUUUUUCUCUGUGAACCGCCCUGAGACUUGUGGGUAUAGGGUGGUAUAUAGAUUCAAUAAAUAAUAAAUAAUUAAAUAAUAUAUUGGAAAGCAAAAAAAGAGGACAGCCUGAGGCGCUGCCAGCCCGAGCUGGGAAUAGAGGUGUGCGGGGUUGCCACUGCCAUGCCCCUUUCCCCAGCUUGGGCUGGCAGGGGUGAUGGCGGGCAGAGCAGCCCAAUCCCAAUCCUGAGCCACCUGAGCCCGAGACCCCAACACCUCCCCCUCAACCUGGACAUUUCCUUUAAAAUGUAAAAAAUCACCCAGAUAGGCAUGUUGGUCCCCAAAAAGAGGACAUGUCCAGGUUUCCCCAGACAUAUGGCAAUCCUAAAUUGUGGUGAAAGAUGAUCCUGAAAAUACUAGCAAAGCCUUGUAUGGUACAGCAUGGAAAGGGGAACUAGAAUAAAGGACUGAAGGGGCUGCAUUAGUGAGGUUGUUAGAGCUGUUUGCAUAAGCACUUUUAGACAUUAAGAGUUAGGGGUUCUCCAAAAUGUGUGUUUUAUUGUGUGUGUAUCCUACACGUUCCUGCUGCAAUUUCAGCAGAAGUGGAUUUAUUCUGCUUUAUUUGGUGCUGUGAUGCUGCCCCAGUUCUACCCUAUUGUUGCAUGCCAACACAAUCUCUGAGCAGUGCAAGAAACCAGGGGUCCCAGGCACUUACCCAGGACUCAGUUUCCUUGGAAUGAGGCUCAGCAGAGAUUGUGGUGUCUUUAUGAUAUAUGGUUUAUUCACACACAUAUACAACCUGAGCCUAAGACGGAGAGGCUCACAGCAUUAACGCCCCAGAAGGUCUUGCUUCUUUCAGUUACAGCCUUCGAAUCAAGAAGAAAUCAGGCAUGACUCUCUCUCUGUGACUUCUGCCAACUUCCAGCCCAGCUCUCUCACACAACUCUGACCUUUUUCCUUUCUCAUUACCAGCCAGGCGAAGGAGGAGGACCACCCUCAUUUGCCCUCUGGCACAGAGCAACCUCAAGGUACAUAGGUGGCAACUAUGACCCUUGCUUGGUUAAUUCAACAAUGGAAUUCUCCAUUAGAUUUUCACCCUUGCAGACUAGCUCCCAAACUCACAAGGCUGAGGGACUAGGGAAGACAUACUUAACUGCCAGAGCACUGCCUAACCUGUAAGCAGUGGUGUAGCGUGGGGGGUGCAGGGGGGGCCGGCCGCACCGGGCGCAACAUCGGGGCGGGGGUGCUCGCACUCGCAGCUCUCUGCCCCUACCUGGCUCACGGGUUAGGGGGCGCAAAUUACUUGCCUUGCCCCGGGUGCUGACAACCCACGCUACGCCACUGCCUGUGAGCAGCACCUCUGUCUAACUGGGACACAGUUGUUUGUAUUCAGGAUUGAUGAGAAUUCAAAGGAGAGGAAAUGUGCUGAAAAAUGAUCCUGGAGAGACUGACAAUGCCUUAUAUGGUAUAGCUUUGAAAGUGAAAGUAGAACCAGGACUGAAGACAGUUUGCUAGGGCUGCUGUAGAGCCACUUUUAGACAAGUUGUUGAGUGCAGCCUAAUCUCUGGGUGGUCUGUGCUUCCCCUAGGUUCAGUUUCUUUGGAGCGAAGUUCAGUGGAGACGGUGAGGUCUUUCAGAUAAAUGGUUUUAUUUACACGUUUAUAUGCAACCUGAGCAUAGGCUGGAGGGGCACACAGCAUUAAUACUUCAACAGAUCUUUUUAGGUUCCCAUGCUAUGCGUUAUGUCCCGCAUAGAGCAAGACAAGUGCCUGUGUCUCUAGUCUCCAGCACCAACCAAUCCACCCCCCCACCCCCAUCUGUUGUUCUUCAUCCUAGAAUGAUGUGGCAUCCAACCAGGUUAAGUGGGGAAAGGUCCCUUUGUCUCUUUUAGCAAAUUCUUCGGAGAUGUAAAUGGAAGUACUUAACUGUAAAUGGCCAGCUAAGGCCAUUAUCUUACAAAGAAGCUUGUCUGGUUCAACAGCAUCUUCUACUAGAUUCUAAACAUCACUGGAUACAGAACCACAGGCCUGGAAGGGACCCAUGAAUACAAUCCAGACUGACCCCCCCAAACUUAUAACAAUAUGAUUUCCACCAUCCAAGAAUGGGAAGUAGAGCAUCUCUGUAGCAGGUGGAAAAGUGAAGAUGAGUGAUGGAUGAGGGAAUAGGAACAAGGCAGCUGUUCGGCAUUCAGUCUCAGGCUGAUCCUUGGUACCAAUAUCCCAUUCAUCCAGCACCCCACCCCACCCCAGAACAGGAUGCUAAUGCAACAUGGCUGACUUUGUAACAACCUGGCCUCAUGGAAAGGGAGGAAAUGAGAAAUGUUGUGGUUAAGGACAGGAAAGGAUUUCUCCACCAAGGCUAUUUCAAAACCAAUUUUUAGGUGCAUUUAGCUUUGUGUUCUAUAGCUUUUAGCCCAAUAUUGAUCAAUGGGGAAUGGAGACUUAUUUUGGGAUGAUUUGUGGUGCACAGCCCUCUCUUGUCUUAUGCUCUUGUGGGUGGGUGUUUUUCAAGGUCUUUUUGCUUGUUCAUCGGGAUCCUUCAGAAGGAAGAGACAAAAGAGUACAGUGGUACCUGGGGUUAAGAACUUAAUUCAUUCUGGAGGUCCGUUCUUAAUCUGAAACUGUUCUUAACCUGAGGUACCACUUUAGCUAAUGGGGCCUCCUGCUGCCACCGCUGUUCUCAUCCUGAAGCAAAGUUCUUAACCCAGGUACUAUUUCUGGGUUAGCGGAGUCUGUAACCUGAAGCAUCUGUAACCUGAAGCAUCUGUAACCUGAAGUACCACUGUAGUGGCAUUUUAGGACAACAUAACAAAAACUUAUGCAGGCAUAGCCUAUUCCAUCAGACGCAUAAAGGAGACUGGGGAUAUUGAUUGAUAGUUCAAGGUAUUGGUUGAGGCCAAUUUAUCUGAAAAAUCCUAUCACCCCUUAUAUACCCAAAUGAUCACUCUGCUCUGCAGAUGAUGGCUUCCUGCAGGUACCAUCUUAAGGGGGGUCCAUUCUCUGCUGUCUUUUCAAUGCCUACUUCCUCUUCCUCUUUCAAGAAGCCUUCUAAGUAGAGAUUUUUGGUUGUUUAACUGUUGUGUGCUUGCUGCCCUGGACUCUUUCGGGAGGAAGGGUGGGAUAUAAUGAUGCCGAGUUGUGCCUCCUGCCCAUAACUGAAGGUUUUGUGGAGGCGCCAUAGCCUCAGUGUGUCAGCACCUGCAUUGCAUGCAGAAGGUCCCAGGUGCAGUCCCUAGCACCUGCAGUUAGAAGCUCAAUGUAGGUAGGAGCUAAUGUGAAAGGCCUUUCUCUGCUCCAGACCUUGGAGAGCUUCUGCCACUCAGGGUGGAAGUGGGAUCAAUAAGGUUUAGGAUCAUGGACCUCCUUCUCUUAAAUGAGCUCCCUUCCCACUGCUCUUCACUUCCCUCUAUAGCACAGGCAGAAACCGCCUUCUUGACUGUUGGACCUCCUAGUGGUCUCAUCUGCUCAGUCGCCUGGAUGUCAGGCCUAAUUCAGUUGCAAUUCAGCACCGAAACUCAGAGAUGAGCAGUAAGGUGGACUCUUUAUUCAGAGAGACAAAACCCAACAGAGAAACUCCACAGGCAGGAUUAGCCCCAGUUGCCAGAACGGAGGAUCUUAGCCUCCUCCUAAGGUAGGGCUAUCAGACAUCAACAGCUUCUGGGUCUUCCUUUAAGAAGCUCAACAAUUUGGGGGUCUUCCUAAAAAUAGUUCAACAGCUUUCAGGGUGUCUUGGUUUCUACUUUUAGAAAUAUGGCAUCCCUAUCCUAAGGCUCCUCCCCAGUCAGCUGACUCAACAGCCAUGGAGGGGCUCUCUGUGCCUUUUGUUCUGCUACAUGUAAUGCCUCCCUUGUUCCUGGGGACAAAGGAGGAGGGGAGAAGUGAACAGUGGACAUGGCAGGUGCCUGGGGAUCUGUUGCAGCCUCAGCUUCCACCUCCUCCUCAGCUGCCUCAGUCUCACUUAAACCUGUUGCUUGUUUUAGCCUCCAACUCAUCUGCUCCCCUUCUUCUUCUUCUGACCUGUCUCCUGCAUCCCACCAGCAGUCUCCUGGCUUGGAGCCUUCCCACUUUGAUGCUUCCCUGGGGGGUUCCCUGGCUGUAGCCUCCCACCGUUCCUUCUCCUCUAGCCAGUACCUGACACUGUCUUUGCGUGCAGGGGAAGCCCCUAACUCACUGAAGGUUUGAGACCCAUCAACUCCCCUCACUUGGUUUAGCCCUCCAGUUGAAGCUGUUCCUGGGGUGUGGCUGCUGCUGCAGGCUGACAGUUUCUAAGAGCUGCAGGUGAGAGCUGUAGUGACCAAAGGCAGACAAACUACCCCAGAAGGAGCACGACAUGCCCCCCACCAGAGGUACUACCCCUCCCCUAGCACCCUUGAGUCAUGAAGGACAGAGAGUGGAGAGAUGAACGUGUGUAGAAACCAGCCUCCCUUAGGAAAGCAAAGUUUACAUUCAUCACUCCACCCACAUUCACUUGUAGCCCCUCCCACCACAGGCACACGGCCCCUGGAAGGCUUCCCAGAGGAGAAUGUGGCCCUUAAGACUGAAAAAGAUCCCCAACUCCAAACUAGUGACUGCUAUUGAGGGCUCCAGCUGGAUGUUGAAAUCACCCUCUAAGUUCCUUCUCAGAUUCAUGUUCCCUUUCAACAACUGGCUUCCUCCUGCAGGCCAAACAGUCCCCUCAGUACAAGGACCCAUUGUUUCUCCGUGUGCAUUUUCAGCAGCCUCCCAUGUGACUGCCAGUGAUAUCAUUUUCCCAUCCUCAAAUUUUGCCCCACCCAGCAGCCUAAAAUUCUCAUCAGAUUAUAUCUUCAAAGGAAAUAAGACAUCUCCAGCUGAGCAAGACCUGGUAUGUUCCUCUCUUCAGAUAGCUCUGAAUAUUCAGUUGAAGAGAAAAAAUGCCCAUGGUCCUUUCAAAAUUUCCAUUGUAUUUGUAGGAACAUUACCUGUCUUGGGGAAAAAGGAAGGGACAAAUGUUUCAAAUGCUAGCUCUUUUAUCCAUAAUUGCUAUUCUUAACUCCAUGUAAUAUCAUUCAUUACCCAGUGUAUUCCUGUGUUUCUCCAUGCCUGAUUUGUGGUGUUUUAUUUUUCAUUUUGGCAACAAAAGCCAAAUGCCAUGUCAUCCUGCCCAGCAUGGACUGGUAAAGUGUGGCUGUGGUGUUCUGGGGCUUCUGUACCUUGAACUAAUAAUUUCUUGUUUGCAUGUUCUACCCCUGCUGCUGCUCCCUGUUCAGUUCAGCUAGGGAUUAAUUAUGCUUUGUCAUUUGAUUUGUCAGGGUCUGUUCCAUACAUGCAGGGUGGAGAAAUAAGUGUCAAUUACUGGGGGUUUUUUGUGAGCUGUUGGGGGGAGGGGGGAGAUAAUGGGGGGGAAACACACAUUAAAGCAGCUCUGUGUGCAUGGAGAAUAGAAACCAAGUAGUUAAGGGGCAGUUCAUCAAAUAACCCCCCUAGUUCUGCAGAAUGAGAAGAACUGGGGCAGCUGCAAGGAUAAAACUACAGUGGUACCUCGGGUUACAUACGCUUCAGGUUACAGACGCUUCAGGUUACAGACUCCGCUAACCCAGAAAUAGUACCUCGGGUUAAGAACUUUGCUUCAGGAUGAGAACAGAAAUCGUGCAGUGGCAGCAGGAGACCCCAUUAGCUAAAGUGGUGCUUCAGGUUAAGAACAGUUUCAGGUUAAGAACGGACCUCCGGAACGAAUUAAGUACUUAACCCAAGGUACCACUGUACUAAUUAAUGUUAUGUCUAACUGGUUUGAGUGAAAGGCUUCUCAGAAGCUAGGGCAUGUAAUAAAAUACAGCAAUGUACAAAAGCAGAUGGACAGUGGACAUUAAAAUCAGUAAAAAUAAUUAAAAUGUCCGGGUGCUCAAGAAAUGUUUAAAUGAUAGCUGAGACCUGUUGGCAUAAAAAAGUUACUCAAGAGAUGCCUGAAAGUCAGUAUUUCAUUAUAGAUCAGCCUUCUCACUGAUCUAGAUUCUAGAUUAUUGCUAUCACUUCAGACUGCUUGGAUCACUAUCUCCUAGGCCAUCUGUGGAAGGGAGGCAUGGCCAGCAGCAAGAGCUGCCCCACAGCUAGAAAAACCACAGGAAUGCAACCCCAUGGCUGAAACUGAGGAGGAGUAAGACUUGGUGGGUUGGGUAGUAAUUCUGGUCACUGAAGGGAAGUGUAUGUCUCUCUUUGUGUGCGUGUCCUUUAGUCUGUAUAACCUUCUGCUUUACAUGGGUACUGGAACUGAAGAAGCAUGCUCCCCCCCCCCCCACAAGACCUCUGUGAGCAGAGCAUCACUGCACAAUCUCCUCCUGUUUAAUGAGCAUUAAUCUUUAAUCUCCUCCUGUUUAAUGAGCAUCCAGACAACCUGUUUAAUGAGCAUUAAUCUUGACUUGUUUGCAUACAGAUCAGAUGAUGGAUACACACCACUCAUCAUACAUUUAAAGCUCACUCACCUCUCCCCCACCCAAAAAAAGAACCAUGGGAACUGCAGCUUGUUAAGGAGGCUGGGAUUUGUAGGGUUCUUUUGAGGCCAGAUGCUUUAAGUAUAUGGUGUGCAAGCAGCUAACGUUGGCUAUUUUACAAGCAUCCAUCCUGACUACUUUGCAAAGAGAUUCAGCGACAGCUGCAUGCCCACCAUACAUUUAAAGCCAUUACCCCCCCAAAAAACCCUGAAUCCUGGGAACUGUAGUUUGUUAAGGGUGCUGGGAUUUGUAGCUCUGUGUGUGGGGCAAGUUACAGUUCCCACGAUUCUUUCAUUUUUUAGGGGUUGAUUCAAGUGUGAUGGUGUGUACCCAGCUAACAGUGGCUAUCUGAUGAGCAUUCAUCUUGAUUUGUUUGCGUCACCGCCUUAGAGUACAAUGAAGUCGUGCCCCCACAACAAACAAAUUAGGAACCGCUUAAGCACUCCAACUGGAGCAAAGCUGGUCUGAGAAACAACACAUCAAACAGUAGUGUUUUAUAACAAAGUUCAGGAGACACACUGUACAUCAUGUGAACAUGGAUUUACAAAACCCAGCACUGGGAAUGCAGUGAGUGCAUAACAAGGAGUGUGUUAUGUACUGAGUUGAAUAGGAUCCAAACUGCAGCAGUCUGAUUGGUCCUAGAACAAUAGGAUCAAAAUUGCAGCAGUCUGAUCAGUCCUAGAACAAUAGGAUUCAGAAUGCAGCAGUCUGAUUGGUCCUAGAACAAUGCAGCAGUAUGAUUGGUUGGCAGGAACCACCCAAUCAUGCUCCAGAUAUAAGUGAAUCCACAACCUGAUUGGCUUACAGUAGAAUUCCAGAAUUAGCCAAUCAUGUGCAGCCCAUUGUGUAAAUAAUGUAUAUAAAGCAGAUACUUUGAGGGGACCUUCAUUCAUUCCUCCUCACCACUAUGAGCUGAAUAAAGAGCAUGAAAUCACUUUGCGCCUCUGAGUAUAUUUCACUGGCGACGAAGGUGGGAUCCCGCUGAGCUGACUGCCACACACAGCACCGCAGCACUGCCACCUGCCGCACCGCUGGAAGUCGCACUGGUACCGUCCACUUCUACAUCCGCAGCCAUCCGGGUACUACGCAGGCUGUUUGCAACCCCCGGGCUCCCUGACACUCUCGUCUCAGACAACGGGACUGCAUUUACGUCAGGAGAAUUCCAAACCUUCACAGCGCAGAACGCCAUCCGCCACAUCCGUUCAGCGCCAUUCCACCCUGCCACCAAUGGCCAAGCAGAACGCAUGGUGCGGACCACCAAGGACACCCUCCGCCGCAUGACGCAAGGGGAUUGGGAGUACCGCCUUGCCACAUUCCUCCUAGCACAGCACAGCACCCCCAGCUCAACGACUGGCCGGAGCCCCGCUGAACUACUAAUGGGUCGGCGCCUUGCAAUCAGAUUGGACCGCCUUCACCCCGAUAGAGCUCAGGAUGAGGUAGUGGUGGGGGAAGGCAGGAACCCCCCGGACCUUCGAGGCCCAGGACCCAGUGUACGCAAAGAAUUUUGGGGCAGGCCCAGCAUGGGUACCCGCCACAGUCACCAGGGUCACUGGCCCUGUGUCGUACGAGGUGCUAACGGAUGGGGGGCAAUGUUGGCACCACCACUGCGACCAGAUACGGUGACGAUUCCCGGGAGAAAACCAGGAGGAGGAAAGGUCAGAGGAGUCCCAAGGGAACAGAGGGGCAGUGAGGCCCAUAGAGCAGGAGGGGCCAGCAGGAGAGGCAGAAUCAGUAAAUACAGAGAGGACCUGCGAGGUCGAAAGGACACCGGAACCAGAACCACGACUGAGCGAGCCGGUUGCGCCAGACCAAACAGGCCCAUCACAGCCAGCAUCCUUGGAACACGAGCCAGAACCUGAACCCCGGACCAGGGAACACCCCAGGCCGCAACACACACGUAGGCCGCCGGCAUACCUUGAGGACUAUGAAUGCGACCUCCCGGGCAGGACUGGAACUUAGAGGGGAGGGGUGUUAUGUACUGAGUUGGUUGGCAGGAACCACCCAAUCAUGCUCUAGAUAUAAGUGAAUCCACAACCUGAUUGGCUUACAGUAGAAUUCCAGAAUUAGCCAAUCAUGAGCAGCCCGUUCUGUAAAUAAUGUAUAUAAAGCAGAUACUUUGAAGGGACUUUCAUUCAUUCCUCCUCACCACUAUGAGCCGAAUAAAGAGCAUGAAAUCACUUUGCGACUCUGAGUAUAUUUCAGAGUGUGACCCCCCUCCCCGAGUAGGACUAGCAUUAAAUGCUACUCCAUAUCUGAAUGGACUACUUGCAAUAUUAAGCCCCUGCCUGGGACCCAAACACAUAUUUUCAUCCAUCCCUUCAUUUAAUGCAGCUGCCAGAGAGCGGCAGACACAGCAGAGGGAUGCUGAACACCGUAAAAGGGUUUUUAAUUAAAAAAUGACAUGACAGACAGUAUUUCCUACUCCUUAAUUUUGUAACUUUGCUUCUCUGAGGGAAGCAGUCUCUCUCUCUCUCUCUCUCUCUCUCUCUCUCUCUCUCUCACACACACACACACACACACAUAUCAAAACAAGUUCAAACGAAUGUGAUAUUUGACUGCAAGAUUUCAGCUGGAUUUGAUGUAAGAACUUUAGAAUAUUAGAGUCUUAAAGCGGCUUAUGCCAAUGAAAACCAAAGAAAUAUGAAAGUGGGACAAACAAACAUCAGGAAAGAAGGGGUGGGAAGUCAAGAAGAAACUUUUUAUGCUUUUUUAAAAAAUGUAUAUGAUAAAUGCUUUGAAAUAUUUUUUAUCAGACAUACACCCACCCACUUUCCUUCAUCUCUCCUGAAUCUUCCAGCAUUCACCUUCAUAUACGGUACUUUUCAGUGUGGUCAGAUGUCAGGAGCGGGUCAGGAACAGGUCAGCAGUAAAUCACACAUCAUCAGUGAAGUUAACUCUUUAUUCAAGAAAACAGGAGGCCAGGCCUAGUGAGCACAGCAGGGGAGACACCUUGAUCAUGAAGGAGGUUUUCCGAGGGUGGGAUAAUAGGAGAGGCGCUCCUACAGGAAACCCAAAUUUCUAGUAUGCAUGGGCUUGGCCAAGGGGGGGGGGCAGCUGCCCCCCAAUCAAUAAAAAAAUCAAUAGAAAUCGAGGUUCUGUCCCCCCCACAAAAAUCCUGGCUACGCUCAUGCCAGUAUGUGCUUUAAUCCCUCUUGCAAAAUACUGACAGUCACAGAUUGCAACCGGGGCUGUGGGGAAUGUUUUUCCAAGGCUCUGUGGUCUCAUUACAAUACUUGCACCUGUCCCUCCUUGAAACUUACAACUUUUUUUUUAAAGCGAGAGAACAUAAGAACAGCUUUGUUGGGUCAAACUAGGGAUCCAACUAGUUCAGGCUUCUGUUUCUCAGUGAACACAGUGUUCCCUCUCUCUCCCUCUCUUCUUGUUAGUCCUAUGACUGCAGAGAUAUGUAAGAGAAUAUUAAAUCAAGAAAUUAUCAAGGAUAAGAAAUAAGGAAGCAGGUCUGAAAUAUGGAACUAAAACAUGGAACUAAGAUACUGAGUUCCAAUUUUGGUUUUCCACCUCAUAGCCAGUUCCUGUCUUGGCCCCCAGCCAAGUCUAAAAACAAGUCUUCCUAGCUUGGCAAAGGCCGCAGACUUCAAUGCACAGGGCAGAAUGGAGUUCCGCUUGUGCAGCAGGGCUUCACUUUCCUCUCCCACCCACUGCAAGCACAGCCUCAAAAUCUGCUGGUGGGGGGGGGGGGGCAGCAGGAGAGGAAAGUGAAAUUCCAUUGCAUAAGCAGAAGCCCAGUUGGGCAGCCCUGGAUUCUGCCCACUGACUGGGGGACUAAAUCAAAACCACCAAAUAAACAUGCAUAGGAUCUCCUAAGCUCUGCUAGGGCAGAAUGCUGAAGCACCGCUGCCGGCAGGAGGGAGACACUGUCAGCAGAUAUAACACCUGUGCUCAGAGAUCUGGCUGCCAAUUUGUUACUGUUACUAUACAGAGCCAUUAAUGACUUCGAACCAAUCAUCUUUCCCCAUAUAUAUCCACUCAACCACUUCAAUCUGCAGAACUGGUACUAUUACAAGUGCCACAUAAUACUCGUCCUGCAGUUGCAAUAAAUUUAUCUUUUAAUGUGGUGGCACUUACACUUUGGAACUCCUUGCCUUUUGAUAUCAGACAGGCAUCUUUGCUGUACUGAGAUCACUCUGCGUGGCCUGGUCUGCAGCACUCUGGGGCUGCUUAUACCCAGCUUGGGCAAAGCCAAGUUUCCCCCAAAAUCAGCUUGAUUCAGUUUGCAUACCCUCCAAGUGUCCCUGUUUUCCAGGGGCGGAAUUACAGAAGCGUCCAAGUUUCUGAUUUGAUCCCAGAAUGUCUCAGUUUUCCCUUUUCCCUCCCCUCCACUUCUUGGAGAACAAUUAAAAGUAGUGUGUGUGUGUGUGUGUGUGUGCACGGACACACGCAAAAACAGAGUCCUGUUUAUACUGAAAAUAAAAUUCCCGUACCAAAUGAAGGAGAUGGUGUGAAGGAAAUGGUGAGGCCAGCAUAUGAAGCCUUUCCUAUAAUUUUGAAGGAAAAUGCCACCAAUCCACUUUUAAUUCUUUAAUUGCAAUGCUUCAGAAGCCAGCCAUUUUUACGGAAAUAUGUGAAAUGUUUUAUUGUAAAUGGAGCUUUACACUGUGUGCCGAGAAGUAAGUCCCACUGAAUUCAAUGGAGCUUACUCCCAGGUAACGGGGCAAAGACUCUGCAGCCUUACACUGCAAUCCUAGGCAUUUUUACUCAGAACUGAGUCCCACUGAGUUAAACGGGAUAACAGGAUUUACUCUCUGGUAUGUAACUGUUCAACAUCAUAGUUUCCAUUACUAUUACUAUUACUAUUACUAUUACCAUUACUAUUACUAUUACUAUUACUAUUAUUUUCCACCUUUAUCCCUGACAGGGACUCAAGGCAGCUUACAGCUAAAAUUUUAUUUCAUACCAUUUAUCUGUUGAGGGUGUUGCACACAAUCCCUCCCCUCACACAUUUUUUCUUUAAAACAAUCCUGUGAGGUGUGGUAGGCCAGGCUGAGAGGUUGUAGUUGGCUCAAGGUGACAGAUGUAUAUAUGACAUCUAUGUGUUGGAGCAGGGGUAGGCAACCUAAGGCCCGUGGGCCAGAGGUGGCCCAUUCACCUUCUCAAUCCGGCCCGUGGAUGGUCCGGGAAUCCGCGUGUUUUUACAUGAGUAGAAUGUGUCCUUUUAUUUAAAAUGCAUCUCUGGGUUACUUGUGGGGCAUAGGAAUUUGUUCAUCCCCCCACCCCAAAAAAUAUAGUCCGGCCUACCACAUGGUCUGAGGGACGGUGGACCGGCCCAUGGCUGAAAAAUGUUGCUGACCUCUGUGUUGGAGGAUAUGAUUUUGGACCCAGUGCACAGCCCUAGUUUGUAUAUUUUAAAAGGGGGAAGCAGGCAUGUUUCUCAGUUGCUGAAACCCAGCCUUCACAAACCUGGUGCCCUCCAGAUAUUUUGGAGUACAGUUCCCAUUAGCUAGUACAGUGGUACCUCGGGAUGCGAAUGGGAUCCUUUCUGGAGCCCCGUUCGCAUCCUGAAGUGAACGUAACCCGUGACUGCACGUCUGUGUGUGCGCAGGUCAUGUUUCGGCGCUUCUGUGCAUGCGCAUGACAUCAUUUUGAUGGUCUGCACAUGCGUGCGCGGCAAAACCCGGAAGUAUAACGCACUCUGUUACUUCCGAGUCGCCACGGAGUGCAACUCGAAUUUGCCUAACCCGAAGCGUAUUCAUCCCGAGGUAUGACUGUACUGGCUGGAGCUAAUUGAACUAGCAGUCCAAAAUGGCAUCAAGGGUGGGGACUGAUGGAAGUGAUGAUCCAAAAUGGCUGUGCUGUCUGGGGCUGAUGGGAGUUGUAGUUCAAAACAUCUGGAGGACCCAAGGUUGUUCGAGAGCAAAGGUUUCCAAACUGCGUGUCGCGACACGUUAGCACGUCAGCUGCAGUGUGUAGGUGUGUUGUGCAAAUGCUCCCCAUGCUUCUCCCGAAGCUGGAAAGGGUUUAGUUUAACCUCCAGUUUGCUAGUAAAACUGAAUUACUGUGUCACGAAAUGAUGCAUGUCCAAAAAGUGUAUCACCAACAUGAAAAAUGUGGAAAGCUUUGAUUUUAGAGCUUCCAUUUCCCUGUGACUUCCUUUAAUCCAUGGAGUUACCUGACAACAUCAUGCAUUAAAGCAAACAUUUCCAAGUUCGUUCACAAUUGGGCACAUCAGUAUUCAUGGGAUUUAUUAAAUGUCUCUUGAGAGAAUCAAUAAAAUGGAGAAGCUUACAGUCUCCCCCAACCCAGCUGCCUGGGUUAGUUCUCUCAACGCUCGAGGGACUUCCCUGUGGGCUGAUAUGACUCAACCAACUUCCUUAUCAGGCCAGGGAAGCUGUGGGUGAGGAAGGGGGACUGUCCAGAAGAAUCCUCAUUGGCAGCUGUUUGGUUAUGAAUCCAGGGCAGAAAACAGUGCGGUCCCAGUGUAGACAUCAUAGACAAGAGGUAAAGGAACAUUUCCCAGUUUUGCCUUGGCAAGGUUUGCAAAAGUCAAGGCAAUUCUGAAGAUUAAUGGCAAGAAGGAUGGCUGCAACCCAGCCAGAUGAGUGGGGUACAAAUAAUAAAAAUAUUAUUAUUAUUAUUAUUAUUAUUAUUAUUAUUAUUAUUAUUAUUAUCAUCAUCAUGACACAAUGAGUAGCUAAUUAUGUACAAGCUCUCUCUUUUGUGUGUGUGUGAUUUACAAAAAUUACUUCAUUUAGAUUAAGUAAAAUAAACACAAUAUGGGGUGAAGCAUAAAGAAAUACUCACAAUGUUAUAGCAGGUUGAAAGCAGCAUAAGGUUGAAUGCAGACCCUCCAAGUGUCCCUGUUUUCCAGGGACAGUACUGGAUUUACAGAAGUUGUCCCCGUUUCUGAUUUGAUCCUAGAAUGUCCUGCUUUUCCUUAGGGUGUCCCUAUUUUCACUGGAGAAAUGUUAGAGGGUAUGGAGUUAUCUGACCCCCAAGCCAUCUGAAGGCAGCCCCGUAUAGGAAAAAACUAAUAUAUGUAAUGUUUUAUUAUCUUUUUAUAUAUGUUGGAAGCUACCCAGAGUGACUGGGGCAACCCAGUAAAAUGGUCAAGGUAUAAAUAAUAACAUUAUUAUUAUUUUAUUUUUAUUAUUAUUAUUAUUAUUAUUGAUGUCCCUAUUUUCAUCAGAGAAAUGUUGGAGGGUAUAUUGAACAUUAUCAUUAAACUUAUUGCUCCAAAAUAUCACUAACCUCCUACCCUGCCCCAAAUUUUACAUUAAUCUGUUAUGCUGGUUUAUAUGUAUUCUUUUGUAAUAAGUUAACUUAAUCAUUGUUACUAUAGACCAGGUUUCCUUAAUCCAUUUGUCUACAAUAAGAAAUAUGCUCCACCCCCUCCAAAAAGAAUUAAAAAUGUAAAAUCUCUCUCUUUUUAUUGCUCAGUUAUAUAAGCUGUGGACACACCAGGGCCGGCUCACCCAUGAGGCAAAGUGAGACAACAGGCUCAGGUGGCAGGAUCCACAGGGGUGGCAGAUCCCAAUGUAUAUCUUUAUUCCCUACCCUGAUCUCUUUUUUUGGAAUAUAUUUUAUUGGAUUUUAUAAAGAGAGAUACAAAUAUUAUUAUCUUUUUUGUCCAGACUGAAAAAUUAAUCUUGAUAAAAUAAAUUUAAAAGAUCCAGAGGAAAAGAAAGAAAAAGGGAGGGGAGAGAGAGAGAGAGAGAAGGGGAAUUAAGAGAGAAAAAUAGAGUUAAAAAUGACUGAACUUCCGAUUCUUCAUCUGUCAACUAUAUAUAAAAUUCUUCAACUCAUCCACUCCAAUAUAACACCCAGUACAACUACUUUCUGUAAACCAACAUUGUCUUCAGCCUUAGAGGGGGAGAGUAUCAAUUAAAAGAAUUUAAUGAAUUAUCAGGAAAAUUAACAACAUGGAUACAAUAUCAUCAUUUGAAUGAAGUAUUUAAGAAAGAUAGGAUACGAGGGUUUGGGGAACAAAUAUCACAACAGGAGAGAGAUCUGUUGGAAUGCAAUGUAAAAGUGUUGUCUAAAAUGUAUAAGAUAUUAUUGGAAUGGGAGACAAAGGAUGAGCAAGUAAAAUCCUCAAUAAUACAUUGGGCAAUAGAUAUUGGUCAUAAUAUAGACAUGGAAGCAUGGGAACAAUUGUGGAAUAUGGAUAUAAAAUUUACAGCAUGUUAUGGUUUAAGAGAAAAUUAUAUGAAAAUGAUAUAUCGUUAGUAUCUAACACCGAGUAAACUGGCAAAAAUGUAUAAAUCAAAAUCAAUGAAGUAUUGGCAAUGCAAAUAGAAAGAAGGUUCUUUUUAUCGUAUGUGGUGGUCUUGUAGUAAGGUUAAAGCUUACUGAGAAAUUAUAAUGAAUUGAAAAGGAUGUUUAAAAUAACGUUUGUAAAAAAAAACCCCGAAGCUUUUCUUUUGGGAAUUAUAUGAUCAGAACUACCUAGACUGUACAGAAAUUUAUUCAUGUAUGCAACUACAGUGGCAAUAAUGUUACUUGCCCCAAAAUGGAAAAAAGCAGAAGUCCCAGCAAAAGAAGAAUGGAAACAAAAACUUAUGGAAUAUGCAGAAAUGGCAAAACUUACCAAAAAAAUAAGAAAUCAAAGAUAACAAACUUUUUAUAAAAGAAUGGAAAUGGUUUGUUGCGUAUUUACAAACAAACUGUAAACAGAUAGAAACUUUGGCAGGAUUAUUGUAAUAACCUGCAGUUUCGCUCCUCACAGAGUCACUGUGCCAAACUGUAACAAACUGCAGUGCCCAGAAUUCUUGGAGGGGACGAAUGUGCUUUAAAGAUAUAGUAUGUGUACCGAGCCAUAAAUCAGCCAUAUCUGAAAUCUUACAGCCUAGGCAGCCUUUACCAACCCAGUUCUUUCAUGCCCUCCGACAUUUCUCUGAUGAAAAUAGGGAUGUCCCAUUCCAUAAUGAUAAUUUUACUGCUUAUACGCCACACAUCUUACUGGGUUGCCACAGCCACUCUGGGCAGCUUCCAACAUAACUCUGUAUCCUCCAACAUUUCUUUGAUGAAAAUCAGGACAUCCUAAGGAAAAGUGGGAUAUGCUGGGAUCAAAUCAGAAACCGGGACAGCUUCUCUAAAUCAGGAACAUCACUGGAAAAUAGGGGCUUUUGGAGGGUCUGCAGUUUCCUGAUAUUGAAGUCAAGCUGACCAUUUGGAAAUUGCCUGCAUCCUAUUUUUUUUCUCCUUUUUGAAGAUGGGGACUAAGCUUGGCUAAUUAUCAUAUGCCAUUGAAAAUUGUAAGAGGCAAGGUCCAGCUCAUUUCCAAAACAGGUUUCUUCUUCUUUUAUCUAGCAAGACCCUUGUGGCUGGAAAUAUGUGUGUGUGUGUGUGUGUGUGUGUGUGUGUGUGUGUGUGUCCGUCUGCUGAAAUGUGCUGUUAAUCUUUGUUUUCUUCACAACUCCUUUUCAAGCAUCUAAAGCUCAGCUUAAGCAAUGCUGUCUGAGAGCAGUGCAACCUCAGCUGCAAAAGCCACAUCCUGCAGUUUCCUUUCCUCAUCUCUCUUUAAUCACCUUUUAAGUACAUUUCUUGAGGCCCUGCAGGAAGGAGGGAGGGAGGGGCAAGCCGUGUAUAAGAGUGUGGUCUGACAGUCACCACAGCCUUAUCAGCCUCUCUUAAUCACAAGUCACUCUUAUCCAGUGGGAGGGAUCAAAUGGGUUCAAGGAUCACCCAUCCAUCCAUCCUCAGUUCCAGAUAAGACCCCUGCAACAGUCUUAUCAACCUCUGCAUAGGAAGCAUGGCUUUCCCUGGAAGAAAAGAUGGGGAAAGUGCUCAGCUGAGGACAACCAUUAACUGUGAUUUCUGAACAAUGCAGCCAGUGCUGUCUUUUCUUUUCUUUUUAAAGUUCAAAACCUGAAUGACAUGUUUCCUGAGCAGCCAGGGUUUGUUCAUUCCCCAAACAAAAAAUGCUGAAAAACAUUAUUACCUGUCCAGUGCUUUCAAGUACUGAAAUCACUAAUGCAGAAGUGGGGAACCCUUUUCAACUUGAGAGCCACAUCCCGUUCCCGGCAACACUCAAGUUUCCACACACAUUCUUUCACCUGCUCUCUAUCCUCCCUCCAGGUGAAGCAAGAGGCAUCCUCUGAGUCCAGUCCAGCCAGGCCAAAACACUGAAGGGGGGUUCAAAGCAGGGCCAGUGAGUAGUGAGGCCUGAGAAGAGUCCUGGGACCAGAUAAUAAAUAAAAAUGAAUGUGUAUUCAGCCCCAGGAUCUGAAGUUCCACAACCCUGCACAAAAGGCACAUUCACCAUCAUUAUUACUUAUUAAAUCUGCAUACAGCCCUUCAUCCAUAGAUCCCAGGGCGCUUCACAACACAGUAAUUGAAGAUUACCCCCCACCCACAGACACAGAAUACAUAAUAGAAACAGAAACAAACCAAGAACCCCCACCUCCCACAACACAUUUAAAAGGAUAUUGGAUGUUAAUCAGCCAAAAUUUUUGGUUAUGUUCAAUGUCAGACAAUAUGGUAUCCAUAUUUUUUUCAUUUUUCCAACUUGGCAUACAUGUGACGUUUUUAUGUCAGCAUCAUUUGGGUAGGUUCUCUUUCUAUACAUUUGUUGGCUUACAUGGCAAUGAGAGAAGGUUGAGGGGCCCCAGGCCUUGUUGUUUGCCUUUGAUGGACUGCAUUGAGAUUCAUUUGCAUGUGUGGAAGGGAAUUCAAUGCCUCAAAAGAAACCUGGGAACAAUCACAUGCUAUAGGUGCUGGGAACUGUAUUUCCGUGGGGAUUCUUUUGGGGAAGCCAUGUGCUUUAGAUGUGUGUUAAAUGUUCUUUAAAUGUGUAGCGUAGAUCCCAGUUUAAGCAAUCACCAUGCAAAUACAGUGGUACCUCUACUUAUGAACACAAUCCGUUUCAGGGUGCCGUUUGCACCCCAAAAUGUCCGUAAGUAGAGUGUCACUACCGCACAUGUGCAAAGCGCGAUAGAGUGCUUCUGCGUGUGUGUGAAGCACGCAUAUUGUUUCUGCACAGUUAACCCAGAAGUAAGCCAUGUUCGUUACCUGAAAAGCCACAUCAUGAAGCAAACGUAUAAUAAUACUAAAACUACUACUACUACUACUACUACUACUACUACUACUACUAAUUUAUUUAUACCCUGCCCAUCUGGCUGGGUUUCCCCAGCCAUUCUGGGCAGCUUCCAACAAAAUAUUAAAAUACAAUAACCUAUUAAACAUUAAAAGCUUCCCUAAACAGGGCUGCCUUCAGAUGUCUUCUAAAAGUCUGGUAGUUGUUUUUCUCUUUGACAUCUGGUGGGAGGGCGUUUCACAGGGCGGGCGCCACUACUGAGAAGGCCCUCUGCCUGGUUCCCUGUAACCUCACUUCUCGCAGUGAGGGAACUGCCAGAAGGCCCUUGGAGCUGGACCACAGUGUCCGGGCAGAAUGAUGGGGGUGGAGACGUUCCUUCAGGUAUACUGGACCGUGCCCGUUUCGGACUUUAAACUCCAACACUUUGAAUUGUGCUUGGAAACGUACUGGGAGCCAAUGUAGGUCUUUCAAGACCAGUGUUAUAUGGUCUCGGCAGCCGCUCCCAGUCACCAUUCUAGCUGCUGCUUUCUGGAUUAGUUGUAGUUUCCAGGUCACCUUCAAACGUAGCCCCACAUAGAGGGCAUUGUAGUAGUCCACACGGAAGCAGGAGAUAACUAGAGCAUGCACCACUCUGGCGAGACAGUCUGUGGGCAGGUUGGGUGUCAGCCUGCAUACCAGAUGGAGCUGGUAAACAGCUGCCCUGGACACAGAAUUAACCUGCACCUCCAUGGACAGCUGUGAGUCCAGACUGACUCCCAGGCUGCGCACCUGGUCCUUCAGGGGCACAGUUGCCCCAUUCACGACCAGGGAGUCCUCCACACCCGCCCGUCUCCUGUCCCCCCAAAACAGUGCUUCUGUCUCGUCAAGAUUCAACCUCAAUUUGUUAGCCGUCAUACCUCAUAACACAAGGUAUGACUGUACCAAUUCUUCUCACUGUUGUGGGCUCGUUUCUCUAUGCCUCUCAGUGAAGCGCAACAACAAGCAACUUCUGCACAUUCCCAUCUCCCCUCUAGUACUUUGUAUGCAAGCUCCUCUCAGAAUCACUUCCUUCCUGCGUUUAUAUUUUGCAGCAAAUGUUGCUGGCUUGUUUGCGAUGGGAAAAUAUGCACCAACACUAUGCAUUAAAGGUUUAUUCAUCUGAUAAUAUGAGCCAGAAACACCAUAGCUACGAGUGAGCAUGACUGAGGUCUUGCGCACUGGAAUAUUGUGACAAAGUUACUCAUCUCCAUCUACCUGCUCCCCUGCGGCAAGAGAAAGAGGAGGCAAGCUAGCCUUGAGUGCGAAAACAAAAGAAGCAUGUUGGGACUAAGACAUUUUGAGGGAAGCCUCUAAAAAUGCUUUUGGGUGGCUGCCUUUGGAGUAGGGGCAGGGAACCUCAGGGUUGGGGGGAGGACAUGUGUGUCGUUGUGUCCCCCCCCCCCCGCCGGUCUGGCACUCAGAACUUUACGCAGGCCACACCUCUCACUGGCUUUGCUCCCCACCCCCAGUAUAUUUUGCCUGUCUGGAAUGUGUUCUUGAACUCUGGUAAUUCCUCUUUCCACUUGGUCUCUGUAUCACUGAAUACCAGCACCAUGGGUUCAAAGCCAAAUUUCCUCAGAUUUGUUUACACCUAGUUAACCAGGCCUACUUAGUUCAGCUUUCUGUUUCCCAUAGUAGAUAACCAGAUACCUCUGGAUCUGCAUGACCCCCCCAUCUCCUCAAACAGGUCUAAGGGUAGCUGAAUUAGUGCAGGCCCUCCAGGUGUCCCUAUUUUCCAAGGACAGUCCUACAAGGUGAGGGGGGUAAGGUGGUUGGGCCACUAUUUUUGAUAGGGUUCUUUAUUUCUCAUUCAUAUUUAUAUUAUGCAUGCAAGGCUGCUUAAAAUUACAGUGGUACCUCGGGUUAAGAACUUAAUUCGUUCUGGAGGUCUGUUCUUAACGUGAGGUACCACUUUAGCAAAUGGGGCCUCCCGCUGCUCCUGUGCUGCCGCCGCACGAUUUCUGAUCUCAUCCUGAAGCAAAGUUCUUAACCCAAUGUACUAUUUCUGGGUUAGUGGAGUCUGUAACCUGAAGUGUCUGUAACCUGAAGCACCUGUAACCCGAGGUACCACUGUAAUACUAAAACUGUAGUACUAAAACUAACCAUCAGCAACUGUCUUCAGUAUACAGCUCCCGACCCCACCCCAGGACUUUAAAACACAUGCAGAGAAAGGUGAAGGCCAGAUUUGAUCUCUAGCUUUCUUUUCCGAGUGCCAGCCCUAGACUGGUGACUCUGAGGCAUUGCCAGAUAUUUCCUUGACAGCUAGAUGCUGCUGCUGGAGUGUGAGGAAUUUAAAAGAGGUUUAGACAAAUUCAAGGAGAACUAGGUGAUCGAUGGUUCCUGGCCACGAUGGCCAGGUUUUCUCUCCACGGGGCUCAGGUCCUACUUUCUGGCGUCCCCCAUUAGACAUAGUUGGCCACCAUGAGAGCAGCAUGCUGGUCUAGGUGGGCAGUUUGGCUUGACCCAACAGGGCUUUCCCUGUGUUCCUAUGACAGCUGCUGCUCUGCACCUAGGCUUGGAAGCACUUGGGGGGGGGGGCGGAAUCAGCUGAGGCCACUUGUUCCUCUUAAUUGCAACCUUCCCCUUCUGCCAUUUCUGUGCUAAGGUUUUAUGUUCUCAAAGCAGCUGCUGACAAGGCAGCUCAUUCCUCUCAGCAUCUGGGAGGGUGUGUGUGAAAUCAUCAGCUGCUAAUAUCUGGGGCACAAGUGAAACUUUGCACAAAGCUGUUUGUUCCCAGAACACUCAGGAAGGACUUUAGCACAUGGCUGAAUGUUUCUCUACUUUGAAUCUGAACAGGUGCCUUGCCACAGCGCAGAACGCCAGACACACUCCAAACAUCCAACAGCAACAACCACUACAUUGCAGCAACUGCAGAGGUGCCUGGACAGAGGCAACUGCACAGAUAAGCGGGGGGGGGGGGGCAAUGCUACAAAGCGUAACUGCAACUACCUCCCCCAACUCCACAAACUUUUGUCACAUAUGAGUUCUAUAUCUUGUUUCGCAAAGCAUCAACACUUGCCCCAGCAGCACACACUGCUAAGCUGUUUCUUGAAUCUUGACAAAAGUAAUUGGCUGCUGCAACUUUUGUCCAAACACUCAUGCGAGCACCAUGGCUCUGCAGGACCAUGGACUGGAUGCAUAGAGAAGGAAAAGCUGCCUCUGAAAAUUGUGAUUGGCUGCAACUAUACACCACAUAAGCUGAAGGUGGAGAAGGGCUGCAACUCAGUGGCAGAGGGUCCCAGGUUCCAUCUCCAAUGGCAUCUCCAGGUAGGGCUGGAAGAGAACCCUGCCUGAAAGCUUGCAGAUCGGCUGCCAGUCAGGGUAGACCAGUGUUUUACAAACUGCUUGGUUUUUGGACUACAGUUCACAUCAUCCCUGACCGCUGGUCCUGCUGGCUAGGGAUGAUGGGAGUUGUAGUCCAAAAACAGCUGGAGACCCAAGUUUGGAAAACAGUGGUAUAGACCAGGUCGAGGCGACAUGAUAGAAGUUUAUGGAACUAUGCGUGGCAUGAAGAAAGUGAAAGGUUUGUCUCCUUCUCUCAUAACAUUGGACCUAGUGAACACCCAAUGAAGCUGAAUGUUGGAAGAUUCAGGACAGAUUGGGGUGGGGGGAGGUGCUUAUUCACACAGAACUGAACUAGGCAGGCCAUUGGCCUGAUCCAACAAGCUCUUCUUAUGUUCUUAUGAGGUAGAUGGGCCAAAGGUCUGACUCUGUAUCAUAGCUGUCAACUUUUCCCUUUUCUUGUGAGAAAUCCUAUUCGGAAUAAGGAAAUUUCCCUUAAAAAAAGGGAAACGUUGACAGCUAUGCUCUGUAUAAGGCAACUUCCCAUGUUCAUUCAUGGGUAGGCAAACUAAGGCCCGGGGGCCGGAUCUGGCCCAAUUGCCUGCUCAAUCCGGCCCACGGACAGUCUGGAAAUCAGCUUGUUUUUACAUGAGGAGAAUGUGUGCUUUAAUUUAAAAUGCAUCUCUGGGUUAUUUGUGGGGCAUAGGAAUUCAUUCAUCCCCACCAAAAAAAAUAUAGUCCGCCCGCCACAAGGUCUGAGGGACAGUGGACCGGCCCCCUGCUGAAAAAGGUUGCUGACCCUGAUAUAGAUAGCUGGUGGAUAGAUGAUAGAUAGAUAGAUGAUAGAUUGAAAAUACCUAAUUACAAGUGCACAGAGUAGGAAAACACAAAAAAGAAGAAGAAAUAGUACCAGUGUAUGGGGGGGAGCCAGAACAACAAAAAAUUGUAGACAUAUUUUUUUUAAUUGAAUUUAUAUACCACUCUAUAACCAGAAGUCUCAGAGCAGGUCACAGAAAAUUCACAAUAUAUAAAAUAAAAACAAUAAUCCAAUAACCCCCCCCCCAAGAGUCGCAUUUUAAAACGGUACAGGAUGUUGAUCAGGUCAACCAAAGGCCUGGUUUAAAAGGAACAUUUUUGCCUGGCGCCUAAAGGUAUGUAAUGAAGGUGCCAGGCGAACUUCCCUGGGAAGAGCAUUCCACAGACGGGGAGCCACUGCAGAGAAGGCCCCGUUCUUGUGUUGCCACCCUCUGGACCUCUCGAGGAGGAGGCACACAUUACCAAAAAAAUGUUAUUGUAGUUAACCAGAUCUUAUCCCAAUAUAGUAGUUAUAAAAAUGAAUUCCAGCUAUCAUUGAAUUUGUCCAUAGCAAGUCUACAUCUGUAUGCAACUUGUUCACAUGUAGUGAGCAUGAAGGGAGGUGCAUUUUUAUUUUCCCAGUUCAUCAAUACUUAUAUUUUUGCUGAAAUAAGGGUGCAUAGAAAGGGGAAAGGCUGUACUAUGGGGUGAGAAAAAGCAAGUAGGGAGGGAGUUGGAUGCUAGCGGAGUCCUAGGCCACAGGUCCUUUUCUUUUCUUUUCUUUUCUUUUCUUUUCUUUUCUUUUCUUUUCUUUUCUUUUCUUUUCUUUUCCUGUAACAUAAAUCUGUUAUAUAGAGAUCUUUAUUUGGAUAAUUUUUAUAAAAGAUUUCCCCCACUCCCGAUACAUUUGUUACAAUUAUUUUAUGUCACAGCAGAGAAAAAUUGUGCCUGCCUGUCAAAACUCUUCAAAAUCAUGUUGCAGCCACUGACUGUUAGGCAGGAAGGAAACAAGUCACACUUGAGCUGGAAUGAACAUUUGCAUCUGAGGUUUUGUAUCUAUGAAAGGGAUGAUAUGAAUCACCCAGCCCCAACCUGCCUGUGACAGCCUCUGGCCUCUGUUUGCUUUGCAGAUCAAGCUUGUUUUGCCAUAAAUUACUCUGAAUAUUUUAUUUUAGAAAAAGGAGCUAAAAGCACAGUCUUGUCUACAACUCAGCUCAGCUGGGUGGGAUGGGAUUUGAUUGGUCCUCAAUUCCUGUACAGCAGAAAAGCACACAAUUGCAACUUGGGGGGGGGGGAGGUAUCUUAUCAUGGCAUUGCAACAUUUGUACACACACAGGACUGCCAUUGUUGGCAUCCGUCUGUCUUGCAAAACAAUAGAGUGCGCCUCUGGGGGCAAAGUCAACUGCUGGAGAAUCACAGUGCCUGCUGUGCCUGCGGAGACCAGUAACCCCUAACUUCUGCCUCCUGCGUUGUCUUUGCUGUGUUAGCAGCACCGAAGUGACCUUCCUGGGGAACAAGCUUGGGAAGUGUGUCUAGAGGUCCUGGACUGCCCAGAGGACAAGACCCCCCCUUUCAGCCUCUCUAGUGUGGUCCAAAGGAAAGCAGAGCAAGACAUUUGGCACCAGCUUGGCUGCAGGAGUUUUGAGAAGGAGGCAUACAAGGCGCCACCCAACUGUCUUAGGGUCUCCACUCUUGUGCAGGGUUCACUCCUUAGUCUUCUCUUCUCCUGAAGAUGUCCCACACAGAUAGCAAUAGCAAGUUGAUAAAUGGGGCUGUAUACACACCUUGCAUUUAGAGCACAUGGAUUCCUCAAAAGAAUACUGGGAACUCUAGUUUGUUGAGUGUGCUGGGAAUUUUAGCUCUGUGAGAGGGAAACUGCUCUGGGGGUGCUUCGGGAUUUUAUCUUUGUCGCCAGAGGCCCAUGUGGCCACAGUGGCUGGGACUAACUUCUACCAGCUUCAGCUCCAGCUGUUUCUCGAUCAGGAUAGCCUGACCACUGUUGUGCAUGCACUGGUAACCACUGGCUGGAUCACUAUAAUGUGCUUUACAGGGGGCUGCCCUUGAGGUUGGUCUGGGAGUUGCAGCUGGUGCAAAAUUUGGCAGCUCAGUUGCUCAUAAGUGCAAGAUAUUGCCAGCAUACAUAGGUGACCUUUCCCUGGGGCCCUGGGUGCCCAAGCACCCACAGAUUUCCUCAUUAAGGGGCUAAGCAGAGGGUGGCAGAGGGUGUUGGGCACACUGCAGGGCAUGUACAUGCCAUGUUAGGCUGCCUCACUGCCUUCCACCCUACCAGACCAGUAACACCAGUAACAAUUGCUUUGAGAGGAUAUAUAGUAUGCGUUUGGUUAAGAAACAGGAAGUGAAAGGAACAAUUUGCAAAACAACAGUGAAAUAUUUAACAAAUGGAGGAAGUUGUAAGAUGUUGAAAAAUGGCAUGAGCCCAGAGCAGAGUCUUGAAUUUCCUUGCAUCGAAGCAUCAGAGUUUUUGAAGCUGAGAAAUAACGUUCUCAGUCCUCAGCUAGUGAGUUAUGGGUACCUUUGAUGUGCACCUGCCAUUCCAAAGUUUUGAUACAGGUAAAAAUGGUCACAAUCUAGGCACUGUAUGCGACACUGUGAAGUCCCACUGGUUUCAACGGGAAAGAGUUAAGCAUGCACUUAGCUCCGCACUGAAACUGGGGAUGUGUGAAACUGCUUGCCUGGGGUUGGAAUGAACCUGAUAUGUAAACACAUAAAAUAAAAUGAAACCAAUUAAUUAAAGUAAAAUAGCUGGAACCCUUACAAUAUUAAAACUGAGCCCUCAGAAAACUCUGAACCUGGCUUUCUGAAAUAAGCAUUGCAAAAUAAGAUGUGUUGGCAGUGCUUUUUUCCUAAAAAAAUAUUUAGGGGUACUCUCAUUUCCCUACUCAUAUUGAAAUACUGCCCCUCAAUGAGGCCAAACUUAGAUUCACAAAAUAUUUAGGGGUAUGCAUAUCCCUGCGUCCCCCCAGAAAAAAAGCACUGUGUGUUGGUAUGUCUGCAAUGGAAAAGAGUCCUGCAAUUGAUGGGCAGUCAUCACAAAUGGUACCAUGAUGAACUAAUUCAUUAAACUUGUUAACUACUUGCUCCAUAAAAGGUAUCCCAGUGAGUUACAAUGUAUUUAAAUCAUAAGCAUAAGUAAAAAAUACAUUCUAAUAUAAACACACUCCCACAAAAACACUUGCAGUUCUUUUUGCAGUACCCAUCUACAGUGGUACCUCAGGUUAAGAACUUAAUUCGUUGCGGAGGUCCGUUCUUAACCUGAAACUGUUCUUAACUUGAAGCACCACUUUAGCUAAUGGGGCCUCCUGCUGCUGCCCUGCCGCUGGAGCACGAUUUCUGUUCUCAUCCUGAAGCAAAGUUCUUAACCUGAAGCACUAUUUCUGGGUUAGCGGAGUAUGUAACGUGAAGCGUCCGUAACCUGAAGCUUCUGUAACCCGAGGUACCACUGUACUGCCUAAGAGCAGCAGAAACAGCAAACAACAUCACCACAGUCUAUUAAAACUUUAUUCUGAAUUCAUUGUGAUUUGCUUGCACAAAGUUGAUGUGAUGUCAUUUAUUCUGAUUCGUUUACAGGGCAGUUUUAUGACAGUGAGUAUUCAUCCUAUGCUCAUCCUGAUUUUCUUGUGUGGUGUUUAAACAUCUUUCCAUUAUUCAUUCAUCCCACAGUUCCCAGUGCAUUUCUCCAACGCUUUCCAAACUGCAAAAAGCACACACAUAGUCAACUUGUUGUGCCAGGAGUGAGAGUGUGCUUUUGUUGUUGUUGUUUAGUCAUUUAGUCGUGUCCGACUCUUCGUGACCCCAUGGACCAGAGCACGCCAGGCACCUCUGUUCUCCACUGCCUCCCGCAGUUUGGUCAAACUCAUGCUGGUAGCUUCGAGAACACUGUCCCACCAUCUCGUCCUCUGUCGUCCCCUUCUCCUUGUGCCCUCCAUCUUUCCCAACAUCAGAGUCUUUUCCAGGGAGUCUUCUCUUCUCAUGAGGUGGCCAAAGUACUGGAGCCUCAGCUUCAAUAUCUGUCCUUCCAGUGAGCACUCAGGGCUGAUUUCCUUAAGAAUGGAUAGGUUUGAUCUUCUUGCAGUCCAUGGGACUCUCAAGAGUCUCCUCCAGCACCAUAAUUCAAAAGCAUCAAUUCUUCGGCGAUCAGCCUUCUUUAUGGUCCAGCUCUCACUUCCAUACAUCACUACUGGGAAAACCAUAGCUUUAACUAUACGAACCUUUGUUGGCAAGGUGACGUCUCUACUUCUCAAGAUGCUGUCUAGGCCUGUCAUUGCCCUUUUCCCAAGAAGCAGGCGUCUUUUAAUUUCGUGGCUGCUGUCACCAUCUGCAGUGAUCAUGGAGCCCAAGAAAGUAAAAUCUCUCACUGCCUCCAUUUCUUCCCCUUCUAUUUGCCAGGAGGUGAUGGGACCAGUGACCAUGAUCUUCGUUUUUUUGAUGUUGAGCUUCAGACCAUAUUUUGCGCACUCCUCUUUCACCCUCAUUAAAAGGUUCUUUAAUUCCUCCUCACUUUCUGCCAUCAAGGUUGUGUCAUCUGCAUAUCUGAGGUUGUUGAUAUUUCUUCCGGCGAUCUUAAUUCCAGCUAGGGAUUCAUCCAGCCCAGCCUUUCGCAUGAUGAGUUCUGCAUAUAAGUUAAAUAAGCAGGGAGACAAAAUACAGCCUUGUUGUACUCCUUUCCCAAUUUUGAACCAAUCAGUUGUUCCAUAUCCAGUUCUAACUGUAGCUUCUUGUCCCACAUAGAGAUUUCUCAGGAGACAGAUUCGUGAUCAGGCACUCCCAUUUCUUUAAGAACUUGCUAUAGUUUGCCGUGGCUGACACAGUCAAAGGCUUUUGCAUAGUCAAUGAAGCAGAAGUAGAUGUCUUUCUGGAACUCUCUAGCUUUCUCCAUAAUCCAGCGCAUGUUUGCAAUUUGGUCUCUGGUUCCUCUGCCUCAUCUAAAUCCAGCUUGCACUUCUGGGAGUUCUCGGUCCACAUACUGCUUGAGCCUGCCUUGUAGAAUUUUAAGCAUAACCUUGCUAGGGUGUGAAAUGAGUGCAAUUGUGCGGUAGUUGGAGCAUUCUUUGGCACUGCCCUUCUUUGGGAUUGGGAUGUAGACUGAUCUUCUCCAAUCUUCUGGCCACUGCUGAGUUUUCCAAACUUGCUAGCAUAUUGAGUGUAGCACCUUAACAGCAUCAUCUUUUAAAAUUUUAAAUAGUUCAGCUGGAAUAUCAUCACUUCCACUGGCCUUGUUAUUUGCAGUGCUUUCUAAGGCCCAUUUGACUUCACUCUCCAGGAUGUCUGGCUCAAGGUCAGCAACCACACUACCUGGGGUAUACGAGCCAUCCAUAUCUUUCUGGUAUAAUUCCUCUGUGUAUUCUUGCCACCUCUUCUUGAUGUCUUCUGCUUCUGUUAGGUCCUUUCCACUUUUGUCCUUUAUUAUGGUAAUCUUUGUACGAAAUGUUCCUUUCAUAUCUCCAAUUUUCUUGAACAGAUCUCUGGUUCUUCCCAUUCUAUUGCUUUCCUCUAUUUCUAUGCAUUGCUCGUUUAAGAAGGCCUUCUUGUCUCUCCUUGCUAUUCUUUGGAAAUCUGCAUUCAAUUUCCUGUAUCUUUCACUAUCUCCCUCGCAUUUUGCUUGCCUUCUCUCCCCCGCUAUUUGUAAGGCCUCAUUGGACAGCCACUUUGCUUUCUUGCAUUUCCUUUUCAUUGGGAUGGUUUUCAUUGCUGCCUCCUGUAUAAUGUUGCGAGCCUCCAUCCAUAGUUCUUCAGGCACUCUGUCCACCAAAUCUAAAUCCUUAAACCUGUUCCUCACUUCCACUGUGUAUUCAUAAGGGAUUUGAUUUAGAUUGUAUCUUACUGGCCCAGUGGUUUUUCCUACUUUCUUCAGUUUAAGCUUGAAUUUUGCUAUAAGAAGCUGAUGAUCUGAGCCACAGUCAGCUCCAGGUCUUGUUUUUGCUGACUGUAUAGAGCUUCUCCAUCUUUGGCUGCAGAGAAUAUAAUCAAUCUGAUUUCGAUGCUGCCCAUCUGGUGAUGUCCAUGUGUAGAGUCAUCUCUUGUGUUGUUGGAAAAGAGUGUUUGUGAUGACCAGCUUGUUCUCUUGACAGAACUCUAUUAGCCUUUGCCCUGCUUCAUUUUGAUCUCCAAGGCCAAACUUGCCAGUUGUUCCUUUUAUCUCUUGACUCCCUACUUUAGCAUUCCAAUCCCCUAUAAUGAGAAGAACAUCCUUCUUUGGUGUCACUUCUAUUAAGGUGUUGUAAGUCUUCAUACAAUUGGUCAAAUUCAGUUUCUUCAGCACCAGUAGUUGGUGCAUAAACUUGGAUUACUGUGAUGUUAAAAGGUCUGCCUUGGAUUCGUAUCGAGAUCAUUCUAUCAUUUUUGAGAUUGCAUCCCAGUACAGCUUUCGCCACUCUUUUGUUGACUAUGAGGGCCACUCCAUUUCUUUUACAGGUUUCUUGCCCACAGUAGUAGAUGUGAUGGUCAUCCGAACUGAAUUCACCCAUUCCUGUCCAUUUUAGUUCACUGAUGCCCAGGAUGUCAAUAUUUAUUCUUGCCAUCUCAUUUUUGACCACAUCCAAUUUACCCAGGUUCAUGGUUCUUACAUUCCAGGUUCCUAUGCAAUAUUUUUCUUUACAGCAUUGGACUUUCUUUUCGCUUCCAGGCAUAUCCGCAACUGAGCAACCUUUCGGCUUUGGCCCAGCCGCUUCAUCAGCUCUGGAUCUAUUUGUACUUGCCCUCCGCUCUUCCCCAGUAGCAUGUUGGACGCCUUCCGACCUGAGGGGCUCAUCUUCCAGCGUCAUAACUUUUAUAUGCCUGUUGUCUUUGUCCAUGGAGUUUUCUUGGCAGGGAUACUGGAGUGGCUUGCCGGUUCCUCCUCCAGGUGGAUCACGUUUGGUCAAAACUCUCCACUAUGACCUGUUCAUCUUGGGUGCCCUGCUCGGCAUAGUUCAUAGCUUCUCUGAGUUAUUCAAGCCCCUUCGCCACGGCAAGGCAGUGAUCCAUGAAGGGGAGUGUGCUUUAAUCUAUUGUAUAUUUUGGAAAAUGGAUUGUCUGUCUGUCUGCCUGUCCCUCUGUUCCUUAUGGGUUUGGACGCCUCUUGAGAUAUUGUCACCAAACUUGCCAUGAGGGUCCCUGAGGUGGUGGUAGCGGUCUUUGUUUGCCAUUUGGGUGCCAGGCACCAUUUUGAAUCAAGAUGGUGUACCAAAACAUCACUUUGGUGUGACUUUGCCCAUUUUGUGGCAUAGGUUUGGCUGCCUCCCAAGGUAUAAUCACAAAACUUGUUAUGAAGGUUCCCAAAGUGGGGGUGGUAGUCUCCAUUGACAUUAGGGUGCCAGGUGCCAUUUGGUUCAAAAUGGUGAACCAAAAUGAGACCUUGGCAUGACUUCAUGCUUUCAGCAUGAUGGGCCCAAUCUCACAAAUUGCACUGGCCAUUUGAAAAUCGCAAUAUUUUUUGGUUUCUACAGAUUCCCCAGGCAACACCAGGCACUCCCCACUCAUCUAAUCUAACUGCAUAAACCUAAAGCUUUAACCCACAAACUACUGAUAGUUCUGCAAGACAGUGGUCCAAUGUCAUACCAAAGCAUUUUUUGCUUCCAGUUUAGUUUCUGAACCCUAUGUGUAUGGGCAGGUCUAUGCCAUAUGAAACCUGCCUGCUGUAAUAGAAUUGCCUCAGUUCAAGACGUCAUGCUUCUACCUUGCUUUGGUACCAACCUUUUGUUUUGUUUGGUGUUAUGUUAUAAUAUAAUAUUGAAAUGGCAGUGUGGGAGAGGUUAUGGAAUGUAGUUUCCAGGGUACAAGUGGUCGCCCUGACUGAUCCGAGCACCUUGUCCACAUCCUUGAGCCUUACUAAAGGAAACUCAUCCAACAUAACUAGUCCUGUGCUCUGGACGCCCUUGAGAUUCAUCUGCUGUAACAGCAGGGUCAAGUUCCAGGGGGAUGCAAAUGACUUUGUCCUCAAAAUGCUUUGCAAACAAGUCACAGCGAGCUGCUGUUGGUUCUGUUCUUUCAGGCCAGACUGUAAAAGGCCCGGUACUACCCCAGAAAAGCCCAUAGUGCUGACAUCCCAUGUGCAGUGGGAUUAAAUAAAAAAUCCAGUUUAGCAGUCAUGUGCAUCUCAUGCACACAUAUCCCAUGUUUGUUUCACACGCCACACAGACCCCUAUAAACAGCUGCAAACGGCAAAUAUGCACACUCACAUGAUCUCCAUAUGCAUGAGAACAUAGAUACAGGAGACAUGCAGGGAAAACUUCCUUGUGACAGAAAUACUUAAAGUGUGUUUAAUUUUAAAAUCAUGCCUCAUUUUAACAUGCAAUUGCAUUUAGCAUAUAUUGUUUGCAGCGCCUGAUGAUUCCCAAGGGGUCAGUCCGUGAAACUAACUCAACCGGGCUCGGCUCCCUCAGCUUCGGAGUCACCGCUAAGAGUUGAGCAACCACUAAUUCUACCUGGGCGGGCAAGCCUCCCUCCAAUCCCCGCCUCUGGAGAGUAACAGACAUUCCUUGCCACCGAAUCGCCUCCCGGAUCGGCCUUGAUGCGCGGGCGCUCGGCCCAAUCCUUCCUCGGCUGAGGGGCGGACCUCGGCGCUUGAAGAGCGGGUGGGGGAGCGGGAGGGCCGAGCGAUGCUCCUGGGCUGGGGAGGUGUCUAGGGAGCUGGGAAGCGCCCGCGGUGCCAGUCGGAGAGCAGAGCGCGAGCGAGAGAGGCAGUCGGAGAGCGUAACGCACAACUGUGAGUGUCCCCGCGAGCGAGCGAGGCCGGGGGUGGGGUCGCGCUCGGGGGCUCCUUUGGCGCCGCAACUUUCCCGCCGGCCGCUUCUGGCAGAACUUGGGGAGCCUUUCCGCCCCACCUCCCGCAAGCGAAGCGCACGUGCCUUUAUUAGUGGCGCCUGCCUCAGCUUGUGGGGGCUUCGCCCGCCCUGCUUCCUUCGGGCCACUGGCCAGGAGGCCGGGCUGGGCAGCAAGAGCGAGGCCAGCUGGGAGGAUGGCCUGCUGUAGGCGGGGGUGGGGUGCUCUCCGGACUCUUCCAGGGGGCUGCUGCAGGGCAGGGGGCUUGGGGCGCCAAGCGCGCUUGCUCCAAAGAGAAAUUCUCCAAGGUAAUGCCGCCAAAGUACUCUUGAUCCUUGGGUUGGUUGGGGCGGCGGCGGUCAUGCUUUCCCCAGAAGGGAAAAAUGCUCCUCAGUGAGAGAGAGAGAGACGGACUGACCAGGACUGCUGCAAUAUGCAACGGGGCUUCUAAGCUCGAUGGCUUUGAAAGGGCGCGUGGGUGUAAGAGAAAUUAGUGCCGGAAGCGGGUGGUUGGUCAGUCGCCGGCAAUUAUUUUCGGUGGCUGCGCGGGGCUUCCAUGUUCAGGGGCAGUCUACCUCUGGAUACUUUGACCAGAUGGGCCCGUAGACCAAGUCGGCGCUUCCUGUGUCCUAACGCGUUUCCUCUGCAAGACUGCCGUUUGCAAGGGAUCUGGGAACAUGCCGGGAGUGUCUGUACGUCCCUUUCCAAAAGGGCCUUUCAGACUACAAAACUUGUCGCACGUGCUUGAGAAAAGGGGGGGGGGCGUUGUUUCCUAGUUCCCAUCUAUGCUAUGGAAAACUAGUGUGGAUGCUCAUUGCUCCUGACCACUUCCAUGUGGGUUGCAUGUUCAGUACUAAGUGCAUGUGAAGCAGCAUGAAGUGUGUUGGGAGAGGAGCUCACUCGCCCCCGCCCCUCAUUUCCCCCCAGGUUAUCUGCUGUUCUUUAUGGGCACUCCCACAGCACACAUUUCCACUAGCCAUGACAGGCUACCAGACAGAGCUCUUAGCAUUGCAGGUUCUUUGGGGGAGGUGGAAGAAUGUGCUUUAAAGAACUGGUGCAGAUGUGAGCGCGCCUGCUCUUGCCCUCCCCCUUUCUUCUGUAGCUGGCUCCUUGGCCCCACCCUUUGCAAGACCUGCAUGGGUGGCUACUCAUCUCACUCUUACAGCAGCCCAGUGGAGGCUACACUAGACAGAGAGGGAGUGGGAGAGAGAGCCUCUUGUAGCAUCACAUAGCUUAGCACACUGGACUCUUGCUUCUGAUUCGCUUGCUGCUGAUUCUCAGGUGAGUGGAAAGUUACAAGCUGCCCUGCUUCCAGCCAUAGGCAGGUGGUGCCUCUGCCUUUCCAACCUGCUUGGUUCUACCACUGAGAAAUGUAGUGCACAGGGCAAAUGCUGGCUGUAAGGUUAAUUUUGGGGCCCUCUGUUCAACGGACAUAAAAGCAGCUGGCAACAGUUUGCACGUGGGCACGCUAAACUGCCUGGCUGCAUGUGGCCUUCUGCCUGCUGCCAUUCAAGGGGGUGGGUGUGAGCUGCAGACCUUUUUGAGUGAAUUGCAGACCUUUCACAUGUCCCAGUGACUAACUGGACUGAGCUGCGUGACUCAUUGACUUUUCCUAUGUUCACCAAUUUUUGUGUGUGAGAGACACAUUCCAAAACUCGCCUUUCUUCUGCUUCUCCCCCCAUCUCAACUUGCAAGUGGCUCCAUAUUCCCUGGGGGAAGUGCUGAAUGGGGAAGAGUAUUGCAAUGCACUUUGCAGCUGCUCCAUUUCCAGGCUGCGCAGAGAGAGGCAGAGUGUCUGUCAGGAGCCUCCUCACCUUCCUCUUCCCUUCUUCAGUUUCAGCCAGAGCACCCUUUAAGUUUCAAAUGCCUGGUUUGAUUCUUGGGAUCUCCCCUUCGCUUCCCUUCGUGUGCCACACUUGAUCAAAGGCCCCCACUCGCGAAUAGGCAGGUAUGUCCCCCAGAGAAAUGGAUGUACUUUCUCUGGACUUGACUUACCUAUCAUUUCUGACGGGAAAGCCCUGCCCUCAUGUGUGCCUUGGCAUCAAAACACGUGUUGCUGUAAUCCUCAAGUGGACAUCAGGUAUUUUCAACACGCCUUGUUCCAUGCUUUGGCCAUGUACACACCAUAGACUGAAAGCAUAUUUGAUGCAAACUUCCCCUCCCCCCGAUCCUGGGAACCGCAAUUUAACCAUUGUGGAACUGCAUUUUGCAGCAGCCUUUAAAAGAAAAACCAGGGACGCGGGUGGCGCUGUGGGUUAAAUCACAGAGCCUAGUGCUUGCCAAUACGCAGGUGGCGCUGUGGGUGAAACCACAGAGCCUAGGACUUGCCGAUCGGAAGGUCGGCGGUUCAAAUCCCCGCGAUGGGGUGAGCUCCCGUUGCUCGGUCCCUGCUCCUGCCAACCUAGCAGUUCAAAAGCACGUCAAAGUGCAAGUAGAUAAAUAGGUAGCGCUCCGGCGGGAAGGUAAACGGCGUUUCCGUGCGUUGCUCUGGUUCGCCAGAAGCAGCUUAGUCAUGCUGGCCACAUGACCUGGAAGCUGUACGCCGGCUCCCUCGGCCAAUAAAGCGAGAUGAGCGCCGCAACCCCAGAGUCGGUCACGACUGGACCUAACGGUCAGGGGUCCCUUUACCUUUACCUUAAAAGAAAAACCACCUACAGUUCACAGGAUUCUGUUGGGGAAAUAAUGUGCUUCAAAUGUGGUGUGAAAACAGGUGUAGCCUUACUAUGCUGAAGUUUCUAAUUUGUUGGUGUCACCCCAAGUUCGUUGCUGUUGUUAUCUGAGGUUAGCACACAUUUAUGACUGUUGUGAACUGGGUUGUGGGGGGGGGAUGUUGUGGAUUUCAAAGGGGGCAGGCCAUGGAGGCACACAGAAACUUGCUUUGGGGCUCAGGGACAUAUAAGACUUCACUUUAGAAACAAACAAACAAGUUUUCUAAUUGUGUUGUGUUUUGAAUUUCUGUGGUAUUAAGGAACUAAUUUCAGCAUCACGCCUGAGUUCUUUGUGAUAAUGGUCUCAUCCACAGCAUACCUUUAAAAAAUCUCAUAUUUCACUUUAGGUAAAAGGUAAAGGACCACUGGACAGUUAAGUCCAGUUAAAGGCGACUAUGGGGUUGUGGCACUCAUAUCGCUUCAGGCUGAAGAAGCUGGUGUUUGUCCGCGGACAGCUUUCUGGGUCAUUUGGCCAGCAGGACUAAACUGCUUCUGGUGCAACAGGACAUCAUGACAAGUGCCAGAGCACACAGAAACACCAUUUAUUCCACUAACAGUCAUGGCUGCUCCCGAAAUAAUCCUGAGAACUGUAGUACGUUGAGGGGCGCCAAGAGUUGUUAGGAGACCCCUUAUGCAGCUAUCUAUGCUUAGCACCAUUAACACGCUACAGUUCCCGAGAGAGUUGGAGGAAGUCUUGUAACUGUUAAAGUGGUGUAACAAUGCCUUGAAUGUGUUGGUCACAACAGAUGUGACCAAUGCUGAUUGAGACAUUUCAUCUGGAUUCUCAAGUUUGGUUUGCUGGUCAUCUUCUUUUUAAAAGGCUGUUUGUAUUAUUGGGAGCAAGUCACUGACAAAAGAACUUGGCAGCGUUUGCAAAAACUCUUGACACAGUGGCACACGCCUUCCUUGCAUCCAGUUUGGAUUACUGUAAUGGACUCUGCAUGGGGCUGCCUUUGGAAAAGAGCUUAGAAACUCCAGCCGGCUCAAACAGCUGCUGCCAAAUUGGUGACUGGGAGCUUAUACUACUCCCUUGUUACAGCAGAUCCACCGCCUCCCAGCCUGUUUCCAAGUGCAAUUCUAACUGCUGGUUAAUACCUAUAAAGCCAUAUAUCUCUUAGGUGCAGGCUGUUUGAAGGACCAUUUUCUCCCAUACAAACCUGCCCAGGCUCUGGGAUCUUCAGGGAAGAACCAUCUCUCAGUCCCACCACCCUCAGAGACCCACUUGGUAAGGACGUGAGAGAGGGCCUUCUUGGUGGCUGCUCCCAGACUUCGCAACUCCCUUUCUAGAGAAGCUAGACUGGCUCCCUCCUUGUUGUCCUUCUGCUGACAGGUAAAGCCUGUUUCAUUCUGUCAGGCUCUUGGGAACUGACUGCAUUUUUUUUAAAAAAGGAAAGGGCUUUUAACAGUGCCGUGCUGUUUUUAUUAUCAGGAUUUUAAUAGAUUAGUUUUUUUUAACUAGUAAGUUCUAAUUAAUUAAUUGGUGUAAACCUUCUUGCGUUCCAGUCAGGGCAAAAGGUGGCAUGCAGAUAACACAAACAACUCUGGUACUUGUGGUGCAAUAUGACUUAGUGGUUGCUGUACCAUAAACCUGAAAUACCCUCUGUCUACCUUCUUGCCCCCCUCCUUCCUUGCCUCCCCUGCAACUCCAAAAGUGCUGCCUCUGCCCCUGCAAGAGUGUGGACAUGAAACUGCUGCCACCUCUCUUUUAACAUCAUGCCUCCCCUCUUCCGCUAGGGAUGCAUCAAACCUUUUGUGUUAAUACUUGCGACUAUAACAGUUUUUUGUAAAGUCAAAUCUUAAAUCUAUUGCCUUUUUUUUGUAUAUAGCAAAUCCAUUAGAACAUAAAUGUCUUGCUGGAUCCAUCCAAACUAGUCCAGCAUCCUGUUCUCAUAGUGGCCAUCCAGAUCCCUAUGGAAAGCAAACAUGGAGGACCUCAGCGCAACAGCAGUUCAAACCACGGCGGAGGGAGAACAAAGCCACUAAGCAAGUAGCCAUUAAUAGCCUUCUCCUCCGUGAAUUUAUUUAAAUCCCCUUUUAAAGCCCCCCAAGUUGGUGGCCCUCACUGCUUCCUGUGGGAGGGAGUUCCACAGUUCUGCCACGCACUGCAUGGAGAAGGACUUCCUUUCACCUGUCCUGAAUCCUCCAACAUUCAUCUUCAUGGGAUGUCCAAAAGUCCUAAUGCUGUGAGUGGGGGAGGAAAACUUCUUCUUUUGCACGAACCUCAACUUGAUUUUCUUUGUUGCUCUUUCCCCCUCCUUUCCCCCCCAUCCAUUCCUUCACAGGGUCCUAUUUUACUAUCACACCUUUGCCCCGAUAUCCACAUUCCUUGCUGGAAGGCACCACACACCUCAUCAGCCUUUUUUGGGGGUUGCUGGGGGACAGUUUGUGGCAUAACCGAAGGACGCCCCCCAAGCCAACCAUGCCUUCGCCACCAGUAAUUGGAGGAGGGGGUGUAUAUUCACUCUGACAAAUAACCUCCCACUGAGCUGACACAGCAGGAGGAGAGGAAAGGAAGAUUUAGCCUCCAGGCUGAAGCCUGGCUGCAAUGAAGAUGCACAUCCCGGGAAGCCUCCUUGCAUCCCUUUCCUCUCAAAGCACAUGUGGCUCUUAUUAAACUAAAGCAGUCUUUAAAAAAAAAAAUUGAGAAGCCCUCACCCCAGCAUGCUUUGUCUCAACUUCUUCCUCAAACUGGGGGUUUCUGCUCCUGCCAUGGGGCCCCUCAUUUGGAGAUAACUGCACUUCUGCCAGAUAAAGUCUUCUCUGAAUGGGCUGAUUCAUUAAGAUGAAUUGGCUUGCAAUGGGUCUGGCUGCUCAGGGAUCCCUGGGGCAGUGACUCCAAUAGACACUUGCUUUGUUGAGCCUUUACUGCUGCAAAGGGAAGCACUCCUGGGCAUCCAUGUGGUGGUGACCCUUCUGAUUUUCACUUAGCGGCUCAGAAGCAUCAUUGAUUCAUUAUUAUCUUUUGAGAACGGUAGUAGUGCUUUUUUAUUGGAGAGAAUGUGCAGCCACACCCUAGCUCCAAGAUGACUGUUCUAUUAGCAAAGACAGAUCUGUGCGCUAGACAAUUUCUCAGACUGGCGUCUCUAUCUCUCCACCCCGUCCCCCAGUUUUAAGAAGGCAUUGAAAGCAUCUCUGGCUUUCCUGUCAAAUGCCAAAACUGGCACAGUUUCAGAGACAUUAUACGCUUAAGGUUAGAUGCUGAGCUUGUGAUGAAGAUAAAAACUAGUUCGUUUCGGGUAUUGAGCUGAUGGGGUUGUAUAUCAAAACAUUGAAAUAUGAAAUUAAGCAUUCUUUACAGCAGGUUGAAAAGUCCUCUGGGAAAUUUGCUACCUGUGUUUUAGAACUUUCAUUCUUUACUCUCCCCAGCCCCAGAGUAUUAUUUAUAUAUCCCCAAGCAAACACCACUGAAUUACAAGAUCAAGUUGCUGUUAUAUCUUGCAUAAUCCCAGUGGAAUGUGGAUGUGCAACCCAAACUCAGCUUCCUGUUGUUUUUUUGUGGGCUUUUCUUCCUCUUUUCUGCAGAUAAAGGCUAUGAAGUGCAACAGAUGUCACAGGUUUUUAACAUUUUGGAGGCAAGAAUCACAUUUGAAAUAACACACUGAGAGAAUUGUCAGUAUAAAAGCAAAGGUCACCAUAGAUAUUAGGACUGCAGAGAAUUCAGUGCAGAGAAACUUAAAAGUUUAAGUACAGAGACUUUGCCUCAAGGAAAACAACAUCAGAGAAACUCAAGCCUAUAAUCGUGGGCAAGGAUGUGGAACGUGUGGCUCUUCAGAUGUUGGGAUUACAGUUCCAAUAAUCCUUGAGUCCAUUGGACAUACUGUCUGAGGCAGCUGGGUGUUGGAGUCCAGUAACAUCUGGAGGGCCAAAGAUUCCUCUAUCCCUGAUCUUGGGGCUUCUAUAGCUCUCUGUAUGUCAAGACAUAACCGGUUUCCUCUCUGUGCUCAGGGGAUUACUCCAUUCACUCAGUGGAGAGGCUUAGUCGGUACAGCAUGGGACUUUUGGAUCUCAGAUGGAUCUUUUAGAAGGGAGCCAGGGAUGCUGCUACUUGUAACAAAGCUUUUAGAUUAAGUCUGGAGGCUGAAAUCUUGUUCUCCAUUCUCAUGUAUAAAUUAAACUUGCAAAUGAACGCUGACAGGAUUCCGCCCGAUACUGCUUUGCUAUUAACAGAUGGAGGAGCCAUUACUGCAUUGAAGCGUUGGUUUAGGAACGAUUGUGCAUAGCGAACGAUGUGCAUAAUUCCAAGGAUGCUUGUAAGAUUCCUACAGCAGUUCUAUAGCCCCCUCUGCACUAUACCAUUAAAGCAGUAUCACAAAGAAUUCUGGGAGCUGUAGUUCAUUGAGGGUGCUGAGAGUUACUAGGAGGCCCCUAUUCCUCUCGCAGAGCUACAGUUUCCAGAUAAUUUUAAUGAUCAAUCCUUUUUCCCAGGGAACUCAAGGAAUUGUAGCAUUGUGAGGGGAAUAUGAGUCUCCUAACAACUCUCAGCACACUUAAUAAACUACAACUCCCAGAAUUCUUUGGGUGGGGAAAAGCCAUGGCUGUUUAAAGUGGGAUGCUUCUUUAAAGUUCAGCUAACCAGUGAUUCGUAACUGAAGUAUGGGUUGGAGGGCAGGCAGGCUGCGUGGGAGUCCCAUGUAUGAAGACUGGGAGCCGAACAUAGCCUUUGAAAUAUACCAUCUCAGGUAGUUUUUAUUUAUUUAUUAGAUUUAUAUACCACCCUUUGUCGUAAGAUCUCAUGGUGGUUGACAGAAUAAAGCAGAGAAUAAAAGCAAGUAAAUAAUUAAAAGCAAAACAGCAAAACAAUAACCCCCACUUCCCACAGACAUAUUUGAAAGGCUGUAGAAUAUUAAUAAGCCCAAGGCAUGGCUGAAGAGGAAUGUUUUUGCCUGGCACCUAAAAUAUAUAUAAUAAAGAUGCCAGGCAAACUUCCCUGGGGAGAGCAUCCCACAAAUGGGGAGCCACCACAGAGAAGGCCCAUUCUCAUGCUGCCACUCUCUGGAGCUCACGAGGAGGCCCAUGAAGAAGGCCCUCAGAUGAUGAACAGAGUCUGGGACGGUUAAUAUUGGGAGAGAUGGUCCUUGUGGCAAAAAAUAGUGGUCCUAUGCAGUUCCUCAUUCCUUAUUGACAAAAAUCAGAUGUGGAAUAUCAGAGGAUACUGUAAAAUGCAGCUAAGGCUGAAAACAUUUUCCUGUCUUGGUGUUUUUAAGAGAGCCUAUGGAAAACUUGUAAUUAUAAAGAAGAGUCAAAUUGUCCCAUUAGUCAGUUAUCUGUCAAUGAGCGGGCUUUAAAAGGGCCACUGACUUCACUUUGGAGGACACAACCACCUGACUUCAACAUGAAAUACCCCCUUGCAAAAAUUUUGUGUUCUCUGCUCAGACCCACACCAUAUAUUUUAGAGCAUAUGGCUGGGAACUUGAGUUUACCCCCACAGAGCCACAGUUUCCAACAAAUUACAGGUCCCAGGAUUCUUUGGGGAAAGCCAUGUGUUUUAAAUGUUUGGUGUGGAUGUGACCUCAUUUACACCUGGGGUAAGUUGGGCGCUAGAGUUGCAGAACUGUAGAACCUCCCAGUCCUCCCCCCCCCCCCACUUCUCCUUCUCCCUCGCUCCCUCUCUCUGGAAUUGUGAAUGCAGCUGUAAGCCAAGGUGCAGGAAGUGCAGAGUUUUCAUUUUGCUGCAUUUUGGCUGUUGAUUCAACUGAGCAUUUAAUUUCCUUUACAGGAGCCGAGGUGCUCAUAUGAAAGGGGGUUAUGCUACAAUUCUUUCAACCUCCCUUCCUGUCGCCUCUGAAAGGAUCUGUCUGCUACUGUGGCAGCUUCCAGAAGCUCUGUGUCUGCGUUUGCACAUGUGUGUUUGUGUGAGUGUUCACAUUGCAAACAGCUGUAUAAAGAAUCUGGAACUUCAGGCCACACAAGAAUGACUAUACUGUAGUGUUAACAGGAAUGUUGGUUCAAAUCCUACCACCGCCCCUGCUGCCCCAAACUUUAAAGCUCACAAGCUUUGGGGAAAGGCAGUAACUUGGCUUGACCAGCUUCAAAGGGUUGUUGUGAGGCUAUAAUGUCACUGCGAGGUUGUAGUGCAAAUUCAGCCAAUUAAUUGGCACCAAAGCCUCUUAUUUAUUUAUUUAGAGCAUUUUUUAACCCUGCUCAUCUGCCAAAACUGUUCAUACAGCAGCAAAUUAAAAUAAGACAGCCUUUUUUCGUAGAAGAGUCCCUUUGGGCAGAUGGACGCAUUUACAAAGCUGUCAACAAAUCGUGGCCAGUUUUGUUGAGUAUGAUAUAAUGCUUCUUCCAAGCCUAAUUUCACAGAGGGGAAGCGACCCUUCAAAUAUCAAGGAGGGCAUCUUAAGGGUGCAUGUUAUUGACCAUGGCAAAAAAGGGAAAAGGGAUGGGGAGAGAAAGGUUGGCAAGCAACCCCAAGCACCAGUUCUUAAAGGAAAAUAAGCAAUUCUCACAAUGUUGCAGCUUGCAGUUUUCUGCUUUCUUUCCAAUGUACAGUGGUACCUCGGGUUAAGUACUUAAUUCGUUCCGGAGGUCCGUACUUAACCUGAAACUGUUCUUAACCUAAAGCACCACUCCUGCUGCUGCCGCGCCACUGGAGCACAAUUUCUGUUCUCAUCCUGAAGCAAAGUUCUUAACCUGAAGCACUAUUUCUGGGUAAGUGGAGCCUGUAACCUGAAGUGUAUGUAACCUGAAGCGUAUGUAACCCAAGGUACCACUGUAUGUUCAUUUCAGUGGGAUCUCCAGGGCAGUGUUAGAAAAUAGCCGUUCUGCAACUGGUGCGGUCCAGUUGUGACAACAUGGAGCUCUCUGGAUGCCAGGAUGGUGACUGGGAAAGCCAAAUGCCACUUAGAGAAGGAUCUGAAAUAUUUUCCUUCGAGCUUGAGUUUGUUUUAUACAGUGGUACCUCUGGUUACGUACUUAAUUAAUUCCGGAGGUCCAUUCUUAACCUGAAACUGUUCUUAACCUGAGUUACCACUUUAGCUAAUGGGGGCUGCCGCUGCCACUGUGCCGCCAGAGCAUGAUUUCUGUUCUCAUCCUAAAGCAAAGUUUUUAACCCGAGCUACUAUUUCUGGGUUAGCGGAGUCUGUAACCUGAAGCAUAUGUAACCUGAGGUACCACUGUACUAGAUUGUUUUAUUUGAUGUUUAAAUGUGCUGCAAACCACUUUGAGAUUUGUUCUUCAAAAUAUAAAGUGGCAUAGAAGUGAGAUGAGCAAUAAUAAUAAUAAUAAUAAUAAUGAUAAUAAUAAUAAUACCCCACUGCAGAAAAGCACCUGCGCAUUCCAUUGUCGCAACUGUACUAUUUGGCAGUUAGAUUAUAUACCAGAGUACCUAACCGAUGCAGGGUGAACAGAUGUAAUAAAUGAAUCUUCUGAGAACUGCUUUGCUCAGUGGGUCUUGGAAGGGUGAGGGGCACCUGUUCAGAUGUAACUUUUGCCCAGCUCUGAAAUCCUUAGCACACAUUGUGGGAUGAUGCUCAGUAUGCGCAGCAGUUGUCUGCCCAUAUCUUUCAUAAAUCCUCAGCUCCACAGGGUGAGCUAGCUCCCUGGCUUAACUCUACAUGAGGAGUUCUCUUCUCACCCGUCCCUUUCGAGCAAAUGGUCCCAGAAGUUAUCUUCUUUCCCCUCCCCUCAGCAAAUGUUGCAGACAGCUGCUUUGUGAUAUACAUGUGUCAAGAACCCGCAACACACGCUACCCAGCAGCAUAUGCUAGCUUGCAUUCUUUCUACACCAUCUCUGCAAUAGUGUUUGCAAAUGAUUAAUCUGGAAGACAUGAGGCUCUGAAUUAGUAACUCGGAAUGCUGCAGAACUCCAGGAACAUUGGAGACGGCAGACUUAAAAAGAUGUAAAGGCCCCUAUCCACUGAGCCUGCGAAUGAGUAUUUUAUGCAGGUAGAGUAGUCUUGUUUCACUUUACCUUUAGCCUUCACAUCCUUGAGAAGUGAAAGCUGAAUCAGUGGCUUCUGGCCACGAUGGCUAUGCUCUGUCUCCAUGGUUCGAGGUAACAUGAUUCCCAAUACCAGUUUCUGGAAACCACAAGAGGGGAGAGGGUUCUGGUGCUCUGGUCCUGCUUGCAGGCUUCCCAUAAAGGACAUCUGCUUGGCCAGUAGAGGGGCCUUUGGUCUGAUUCAGCAGGGCUACUCUUACAUUCUAACUAGGGAUGGGCGAUACUAGGUUCUCAACGUUGUGAUGUAUCACCAGCUGAGCAUCAUGAUGAUGUUGAAAAGGAAGAAGCACUGGUCCUCGUCCUGCGAGGCACCAGGGUGAAACUGCUACCACCCCUGCUGCUGCCAGCAUGCGGAGGGAGGAAGAAGGGGCACUGGCCCCACGAGGCACCAGGCAGAGCAGGAGGAAGUAGGCAAUCUGCCCGCUUGGCUGGAGAAGCAAGUCAAGGCGCCAGCUGACUGGCAAGCGAGAUACCUGCAAUAUCUGGGUCAAACGCUAUCACGAUCUGGCCCUCCAUCUGAUCCUGGAAGAUGUAUCAAUACAUCGCCCAGGCCUAGUGCUUACUUGUCUCUGUGGAGUCAGGCUUCAUUUGAAUGUGCUUCACAGGAGUAAUUCAGCUGUCAGAACAGGAAUCAUUCCACCUAACAUGCUUAAGACGAAAAAUGUCCAGGAAUGGAGAACUCUGCAACAACUUGCUGUGGGUUCCUGCCUUGUUGAAGGUUUGCACACCGUUCAGGUGCUGCUGCUGAAUACUUUUUAAAAAUGAGUUGGUCUGGGAUGUAGCCAGUGAGAAUUCUGGUGGGCCAAUUGCUUUUAUGGGCUUUUUGAAAAGCUUACUCAUAGCUGCUGGGCGCAGUCCUCCAGGAACUUCCCCUGUUCAAGGCACAUUUGCAUAACCAGGAAUUGCUUUAAAUGGAUUAAAUCCCAUGUGUCACUUGCUGUGUCUCAGUCAUGAGCAUUGCUGUCUGGUGACCUGGCUUCCUGAUAGCCUUCCUCGCUUUCUUAUGUGUGGAUAGUGAGGUCAUUGGAGCAGAGGAAGCUGCUGUGUACCAUGUUCAGACCAUUGGCUUGUCUACUGGCAGUGGCUUUCCAGGGUUUCAGGCAUGGGCUCUUCCCAUUCUCUGCCCUUCCUGGGUUGAAUCCUCGACCUUUACCACUUGAAGAUUGCUGAUGGUCAUGGUGAACCACUUUUCUCCCAGUUCUGCCAAUUGCAGCAUGUUUUGCUAGAUGCCAAAUGAUUCCACAGAAUUCAGAUGGUAAUGCAAUAAAACACGAUAGAAGAAAUAAAAGAUUUUUUUUGGGGGGGGGUGAGGUUGGGAGAGAAAUGUCUUGUUCUGGGGGCUUCGGCACCCUGCGUGGUAAAGCCUUUGCUGCCCUUUGCCCCCAGCCUUCCUUUCCUCCUGCCCUCUUCCAGCAGCACUACUGCCACGUGGGCAAGUUUGGCAUGUUCCACGGGACAUACUUGACCAGCGAGGACCUGCUGCUUGUGAACUGGGUGGGGCUGAUCGACCCCACCAACAGGUAAGGGGGUGGGGCAGCAUCUUGGCUUACAAGCUGAGCAUUCACCACUGGAUUACAACUCCUGCAUUCAUUACCUGCAAUUUCUGCGUUGCAGGGGGUUAGAGUAGAUGGCUAUUUGGGUUGUUUCCAACCCUGCUGUUCUAUCAUUCAAAAUACAAUUAAAAAUCAGUAUGAAUUUUUAAUGCAGACAUGUGGUGGACUGCCUGAGUGAAACUCACAGACCACAGUUUGGGAGCCCCUGGUAUAGCACUUAACAUUAGUAUACUGGUUAUAAAGAAGUAUGUAAGAACAGAACUGCAGGUCAUAAUUUUAGAAAUGGCAGUAAAACAAAAUGCAAAAUAAAACAAAAUCACACAGUUAACAAUCCAGUAUUGAAGAAACUCAGGAGCAGUGGGGGGAUUGGUUUUCAAAAUUAAUUCAUAUAUUGUGCACAUGAAUCGUGCUAAGCCUUUUGGGAUCAAGCAAGAAAUACAUUUUAAAAUAACAAUAAAAAGGGGUGGUGAUUUCUCACGGCAAUGUAGGAGUGACAAUUUAAGCUUUCCACAUGUCAGGAUUGCUUUUCUUAAGCGGAUGUAGUUUUCCCUUCCCCUGUCCAUUUAGCAUCAGCUGUUGGGUGUCCCUGUGUUUCAUUUCUCCAGGACGGAGAAACAUCAGACUCUUGAGUAAACAAGGAUGAUUCCAUUUGCAUUUGUGACUGCUGCCUCUGAGAGAAACCUUAUGUACAGAUUUCUCCUGUCAACACAUGGAAAAUGUGACUCUGCAGGUGCACCUGUCAGAUUUGGUUAAUUUGUGACAUGCAGCUUCAAUAUGUUGCACGGUGGGCAGAAUACUGAACUCCUAAGCCAUGUAUUCAGUUAAGCACAAACCCUAAAUUGAACCUGCUUGUUUGUCUGACUUGUUUGCAUGCAAGUUCUUUCCUUAAUUAUGCCAGGUGGUUAAUGCACCCAGGUAUUGUAUGCACAGAACUAUGUACUAUUGGAUUGUGGAUGAAAGUAAGUUUGCUUUCAAUCUCUUUCUGUUUGGAGCUCAGUAGAGGAAAUAGCAUCAUCCCAGAGAUGCAGUAUAUAAAAUCUGGUACGUGUGGCAGGGGCUUUAUACAAGUAUGAGGAAGCUGUGCUCUUUUCUGCUGUCUGAGUAUGUGAAUUAGCUGGGCAUAUCAGUAGCUUGGAAGGGAGGGCAAAAAGAGCGAGAAAAGAAUCAAACAAUUUAUAGAAGCUGUUUUGUUUAGGCUCACUCUGAUGUCCACAGGAGACCAGAUGAGUUACUAUUUGCAAGCCUCCUGUAUAAAUGCAUGGGAACAUUGUUUGCCCUGGUUUUAAAUAAAAUUAAAUGCAGAUUUUUCUUUUUGUUUCUCUUCUGGAGGAGUGGCAUGUGUCUAUAUGUGUGGGUGGGUGUUUGAAAAGAAAGUACAGGAUCCCAAGAAAAAACAACAACCCACCAUGCUCAUUCUCAACUCCUGCACUGCCCACCUUCCUUUAGCCAACAAAUACAGAGGGCGAAUGGAUUUUCCUCCCAGUGGAUUAUCCUGCAGAUGUUAUUGUAUAUUUAAAAACCUCAAAGAAGUGAGGUCACUUUCCCUAAAUAACAGACGAUGUAGAUCUAUAAAUAAAGGUUGCCAGACAUUGGUCUUCUGAGAACAUAAUAGUUAUUUUGGCCUCUGCUAGAGUCUGAGGCACACCCAGAUUUGCGUUAUUGCAAAACACCAAAAACCCCUUUCCCCAUAAAGUAAGUAGCCAUUUACACUGUGCCGCCAUAUCUGCAGAGGAUUCUGAGCAGCAUGGAUUUUACCUUUUUUUAAAAAAAACCUGAAGAACAUUUGGAGCUUCUAGACUGAGGUAACUCAAGGAGCCAUGUUAAACAUUAGCUGUUUCCAAGCCAUUCUGCAAGCUUCCAGGUAAUUUUGGCCAGCUAGUUAUCAGCAGGUGUUCUCUGCUCUGAUGUAUUUUUCCUUUUUUAUAUUUUUGGAAGAGAGCAUGUAUAAAUGGGAAGUUUAACCCCCAACAAACUGAUCCCUGAAUUGAUAAGGUGGGUCCUAAGGACUUUGCAUUAGAUUCACCAGGAAGCUGAAUGGCCAAAACAUCCCAGAAAAGCCAUCUUGGAUAGACUGUAGUCCUGCAUGCUUUCCCCAGCUGUGGUCAACCAGAGAUGACUUUGGAAAGCUGGCAAGCAAGGCAUAUCCUCCUGUUCUGUCUGUGUCCUCAGCAUCUGGCAUUCAGAGGCACCCUGAUUUUGUUCCUGAGUUGCCAGAGGAUGGGAGGAUUAAAAACUGGAACUUACAUCCAGAUCCCAAGCAGAGACAAAAUGAUGAGUAGAGAGUGAAAUCUUCUGUUCUUUUUCUUGGAAAAAAAUCUGGAAUAAAAUCCAGCAGUGCAGCAGCAAUCCUCACUAUUCAGACUGAUAAUUUAUGUUUAGUGCUCUCUUCUGGAGGCUGAGUCUCUUAACCAUGCUGAGACACUUCUUGGAAUUCACUGCUUUCCUUCUGGGAGAUACCCAGGAGAAGAAAACCAGGUUCAAAACAAACAGUAGCUUUAAAAGGGGCUAGUGGAUCAUUUUAUAAACAAUUUCAGGAAAAGGAACUGGAAAUGUUUCAGACCGUUUCCUCUUAGAAUAGGCUACUCUGAAUACUUGGUGGUGGUGGGAAAUCCAAUGAGAAAGUUCCACGCAUGCAUGUAGAGUCAUAGAAUUGUAGAGCUGGAAGGGACACCGAGGGUCAUCUAGUCCAACCCCCCCGGAACGCAGGAAUCCUGCCCAUCAUAUAUUCAGAAACUGAUGCAUACAUUCUGUGUUAGCCUCUGCUUCCAAAGAAGUAGGCUUCUUAUUAUUAAAGUUUAUGCUGCAAUAAUGGUUAAGGAAAUAAGAACUUGUUUAUACCAUUUGUCCAUUGAGUCCAGUGUUGUCUGCUCUGACUGGCAGCUUCUCUCCAGAGUUUUGGGCAGAGGGAUCUUUUCACAUCUACUGCCGCCUGAUCCUUUUCUAACCUGAAGAUGCCAAGGGUCGGACCUGUGCUCAAGCCCUGAACUACUGUCUUUACCCAUGUGCCACAGGUGGGAUGUGUCUCAGUGGAAGCCUGGCCACAGGGAUAAAAAACCUGUUCAUUUUUAUCACCUGCUUCUCAGAGACCGACCAAUGAGGUGGUGAUCUUCUUUGUACCCUGCCAGUUUAGACUGAGGGUGAAGGCUGGCUCCCAUAUUUUGGGAGAGGGGAAUUUCUGGAUGUCAAAAAGUAGCAUGUCAGGAGGAUAGAUUUAGCACCCUAAUAGCUCUCAUGCAGUAUAUAUAUUUGCUCCAGAGUGAAGCAGUCCAGACCAGACUGAGGUUUUCCACCUCAUAUUAUGUUUAUGAGAACUGGGCUUUUGUUUUACUGUUUCUGAUUUCCUAGUCCCAGCUGCUUUCCUUCUCCCUGAUCAUUCACUUGAUUGAUGGAACUGUCUAAACUUGUCAAUUUCACUCUUAAGGUUUAAAAAAGUAAAAUUACUGGAUGUAUUGAAAAGCAGGAAAUGCCCCCUUUCAAACAUGUUAUGUGGGAACUGCAUUUGGUCAACUUUUGCAAUAUAAACUUCUUCCUGCAUGAGAUGCAGACAUCGUUUGUCCUACAAAGAUAAGGGAGAUAUGAUUUCUGAUAUGGUUUCACUGUUGUGACUGGAUAUAAGAAUGGAAGGAAACAGCCUGCAAAUGUAUACUGUAGUGCUCCAAAGGUCAUUCCUAUGCCAGCUCACUCUGGAAGAGUCAACUGUUUAUUUUUCUACCUUGUUUUUCUUUGCUUGGGAGAUCUUACUUUGGAGAGAGAGAGAUAGAGGCACACACACACACUUCUGCAAGCAAGUGGUGGGUACCUGCUCAGGCAGGUAGCCUCUUGUCUGCCUUUAGAAAGGUAAACACUCAAAGCAAGAGCACAAAAUCUGCCUUCUGCAUAGCCUGUUACAGAAAGAGUCUGUUAAUGCAUUUCCCAACUCCCUCCUUUGUUGCAUAGUUGCCCUCCUGUGGCAACUGUCCUGACUCAUCCAAAGGCAUAGCUACUGCCCAUGGUUCUCUUGCUCAAGAUGAUUAUAGUAAUUUGCUUUCUGCUUAGCAACUUAAUGAGGCUUUCUGCCAUCAGGUCAUUUUCCUUCUUCAAACCCUUAUUGAGAUGUGUUGACUGUGUGUGACUCUUCACUUAGAUGUUUUCCAAUUUGGUGCUUUGGUGGGGAGAACCAACAAGUUUGGGGGCUUUAAUCCCACCUGUGAUUUCAGCUAGAAUGUCCCCUCUUUCAGUUAUGGUUGGGAGAUAUUAUUUCGUUCUGUUUGGUGCCAUGGUUGGCACUUCUCCUGUCCCGGCUCUUCCAAUGUAAUCUUGAGAUGUGUGUGCCAACGACCAGUGGAAAGGAGGGGUGCUACUCAAUGUCUUCCCACUGUAGGGAUGCUUUGCAAAAGUUUUUGCCUACUCUGUGGCUUCCAGACAUUUUGGACUACAACUCCCUGCGCUGGCUGGGGCAGAUGAGAGUUGUAAUCCAAAACGUGAAGUCUGCCCGGUUGGUGAAGUCUUCUGCACAGUAUUUCACUCCUUUGUUUAUAUAUAUCCUGUCUUUUUUCCUCCAAGGAGCUCAAGGUGGUGAACAAGGUUCUCCCCUUCCCCACGAAAACCCUGUGAGGUAGGUUAAUGAAGACGUAAGAUGAAAAGAGUGCAUGGGAAGAGCAUGCCUAACCCCAUGUGAUAAAAUAUUGGCCCUGACAAGUCUGGGUUGAAAUCACCACUCAGGUAUUCCAUGGGAAGCUGUCUUGUAAUGGGUCAUCUAUUUGCUCAUCUAAUCCAGCAUUGUGUACUCUGACUGGCAGUGGCUUCCCAGUGGAGGGCCUUCCCAUCACCUCCCACCUGGCUUUUCUUUGUUUCAAAGUGUGGAUGUGAGGGACUGUGAGGACGCCUUCAGACCAUGCAUGCACUUCACCACUGAGCUAAACCCUUUGUAUAUCUGGAUCCCUACUAUUUCCCCAAUCAACAUCUGUGGAAAGGGCCAAAGUUCAGUGGUAGAGCAUUGGUUUUGCAUGUGGAAGGACCCUGGUUCAGUCCCCAGCAUCUCCAGGGUGGGGGGAGACCUCCUGUCUGAAACCCUGGAGAGCCUCUGCCAGUCAGUAUAGACCAUUUUGGGCUAGGUGAACCAAUGGUAUGACUUGAACAAGGCAGCUUCCUGUGUUCUUACCUUCCUCAGUUGCUUUUAACAGAAUCUUAGUGGUUGACGUGGAGUCAGUCUCUGAAGACUUCCUGAUCAGAAUAGUCGUGUCCCAAACAGCUUAGACUUUAAAUGUGGAUGAUUCCUAGAUGAAUCACAGAAUCAUAGAAUUGUAGAUGCUCUGUCACUUGGUCCCAUGUCCUUGUCUUUAGCAGGUUUCUUUAAGAGGCGAUUUCAUGCCAAUUAAGGAUGAGGAGUAUAGUAACAGAGCCACCUUUUGCAUGCAAAUAUCCCAAUUAUGUGACCUGUCCUUUUGUCUCUUCUCUGUUGUCACCCUGCUGCUGUGGGUGUCUUCUGUAGCAGUCUCUGAAGCAAAAGAGAGGAGCUACUGGCACCACUUAAAAACAAGAAGUGUGUGCAUUCUCCUUGCUUUUACUGCCACAGAGAGAUGCAGAAUUGUAGGCUAAAAGCAUAAUCUGAGCACAAUGCAGACAAAUGUCUCUCUUGGAGCCUCUAAUAAGCUUCUACCCAUUCAUUUCCUGAUGCUGACAAGCUGAACAAAGAAGGAGGCAUGUUUUAAAUUUAGCUCUGAGUCACUGGCUUUCCUGCAUCUCAGAACUCUGGGUAAGUGUAUAGGCAGAUUCCCUGUAAUGAAAGCCAAAUAUACAUCUGUUGCAGGUUUGCUGGACAGUCUCUCCUCAUAAGCAUUUUGCUUCUGUAUUACUGUUGGGCAGUUGGGGGAGAAGGGAUCUGUCAGGAUGAAGGUGGGCAUUGGCUUCAGUAAGAUUUGCGCAGUCUAAAUUGCAUGCCAGGUUGGCAGCCAAAAUUACUUCCGUGGCCCACUCUGAGCAGCUUGUCGGGUGCAGACGUCCUCUUUGCAUGAUCAUCGGUUCCUGGGUCACUGCGAGGGAAAGCCUGCUCCCUGCAGCUCCCCAGCCCAUGAGAAAGUGGCUGUGGGAAUAAGCAUCCUUCUUGUGAUGUUCUUUGGCAUCUUUGUCCCACUUUUGAGAAAUGAUUAAAAACUUCCUUUUUCUUCUUCAUGUUCUGUGUGGUUUCUUUGAUCUUUUCCCUACUCGGAGGUUAAUUAUUGCACUUCUAAUGCGCUUCGUUGCUUUCUUUUAGCUUUAUCCUUCUUUGUGCCUGCAGUCAGAGAUCUGUCCAUUCUGUUUUUGCAAAGCUCGUAGCAUAUGCUGGGUACUUUAUGAAGGCACCAAUUGCUGCAUGCAGAAUUCAGUUUUCUGCACACUGGUUAGAGCUGGAGUGUCAUGGGUCUCUUAUCUCCCUUAGCAAUAGCUAGGGAUGUUAAGAAGGCACUGGGGUUUUUUUUAUUCCACACUCUAUUGCAUGCAACACUGUUUCUUUUCUGCUGCUUUUCAUCUUCCACCAAAUAUUGCAUUAUUGGUCUCGCUGUCUGCUGCGGCAGAGUUACAUAACUCGCUAAAGUCAUUACAUGCAUUUUGAUCUUGUUAUGUUAUUCCACUUUGUUUGUUUCAUUGCAAAGGAAACACCAUGAAAAUGGGGUGGGGAGGAAUGUAAUCAGUUAUUUAUCAUUUGCAGGCUGAAAGGAUCCACAACCAUGAAUACCGCUUCUAUUAAUUGAUUUCCGUUCUGGACAUAGGAUGAAUAACUGAAUACUGGCAGUUUCCACUCGUGUUUUUGCUUUCAUUUGAAUUCUCUGAUAUCCCUAGCAAUAUUGUGCAAGAUUUUUCAGGAAGGCAAGGAGGCAAGCAAGAGUGGUUCCUCUAUGUUUGCCCAGCUAAGUUUGCCCUGUUGUACUCUAGAACGUGAAAUGUCUGUGAAAAUCUUCUUCCAGUUCUCUCUGCUCAGGGUGUGGCUGGGGAAAUGAUGAGGGAAAUGGAAGCUGGCACCUUCCUAGGAACCCUGAUGUCAUUUCCUGUGCUUCAGGGCCUCUUCUGUUGCCUGUGGAGGCGCUUCUAAAGGUUUUCUGUGCUGUUUCAACAUGCUGAUGUGCAUCCGCAGUUCCUUUUUCUUCCACUGCAUGAUUGCAAUGGGCCUGACCACGCAGCUUUUUAAAAGCAGGUGUUCCUCAACAUGGGAAUAGUAUGAAGGGUGCUGAUGAAGCCUUGCUCACCAGGUAAUAAAACACUCCAUUCCUCUAAGCCCCCUAGUUGAUGCUUGACUCCCAACAAUUCUGAAUAAUUAUUUUUAUUCUGGAAAAGCCAAACAGGCAUUGGGGAGUAAUGUGCGUUGCUAAAGGGGGUUCUUACAAUCUAAGAGGCUCCCACAUUUCUCUUAAGCUUAUAUUUCAUUUCAAAAAAGUUUCCUAGUUUAAAGCUGGAAUGUUCAAACCUAACAUUCACAACUCUGGAUUAUUUGAAAACUGGUGGUGUUUUUUUUUGCAAAAGACACCCCCAGACACCCAGCUCCUCUCUCAGGGCUGAACAGUGCAUAAUGCAAAAGCGCCAUGGUUUUGAUUUCCUUACAUGCCUUGAUAUUUCUCAAAACAAAAAACAAGAAUUAUUUCUGGAUUCUUAUGCUUUAAUUCAGCCUCAAAGAAAAGCAGCACUGGUUUAUGAACCUUGGUUUGCUUUGAGCCUAGUUAGGUAUUGGGUGUGUGAACCUGGCAUCCUUCCUUGACCAUGGUUUUUUUGGCCACCCUGUCAAGAAGCUCCCUAAGCUAUAAAAGCACAAAGCAAGAGCUUCUGAAAAGCAAACGGAGCUUUGCAGAAACAAACCAUGGCUUGUUAGAUCAUCUGUGGGGCAACUCGUGGUUAAUUUGAGGUUUGGCCUGACCAAAUGCGUGACUAAAAGUUAUGUGUGAACAAGGCCCUUUGUGUCUAUUAGGUGGCCAUAAAAUGACAGUUGCAUGCACAUGUUGCACUGUGAGGAGACUGAUAUGGGCUUUGAAAGCUCUCUCUUAGCUUAUCUGGUACGCAUGUUGCUUGUCUCUUUCACAAGCAACCUGCGUCCCUGCCUUUCAGGUUGUAAGGGUGGAAUUAGUCCUUCAAGGCUAUUUAACCAGCCUACCAUAUGUUGUGCUUUUUCACUGAAGGGACUAGGCCUGAUGCAAAGUGGCAAGAAAAAUGCAAAAGCCAGUAGUCCAAAACUCCCAUCAUGAAAGAGCCUGUUAGGUGUUGAGAUGACAUCACAAUGUUUUAAAUGUACAGUUCCUUGCCACCUCUGCCUUUCUGAUGGGGCUGGAGCCAAGUACAGGUGGAGCCAAGUACAGCCAAAUUAACAGUGUCCAGGCAUAUAAAACAGAGAAGCUCAACAGAUUUGAUCCCCUGUACUGCAGAGGUUGGACUCUUUGGCUCCCUUCCAAGUCUGCAAUUCUGUGAGUCUGUGAUGUGACCAGCAGAUUCCUUCUCCUUUGCAGCCAAAGGCCUGAUAACAGAAUUCCUUCUUGAUACAGUGGUACCUCAGGUUACAUACGCUUCAGGUUACAUACGCUUCAGGUUACAGACUCCGCUAACCCAGAAAUAGUGCUUCAGGUCAAGAACUUUGCUUCAGGAUGAGAACAGAAAUCGUGCUCCGGCAGUGCGGCAGCAGCAGGAGGCCCCAUUAGCUAAAGUGGUGCUUCAGGUUAAGAACAGUUUCAGGUUAAGUACGGACUCCGGAAUGAAUUAAGUACUUAACCUGAGGUACCACUGUACUUAGUCCCGUGGGGCUCCUUCUACAAAGAAGGCCUGGGAUGGCAUUAGCCUUCUCCAGUUUCUCCUUCUCCAACUGUAGCCCCCUUCCAUAUCACCUGCUGCUCUCAGGAUCCUCCCACCCCAAUAAUGGCAUUUGGGGGGGUGAUCUGCAGUAGGAAAGGAGACAGGAACUCCCCAAUGCAAUCUCUGUAAUGCAGUCUCUGCAAAAAUCUUGGAUCCAAGCCCUUAUAUUUAAAACACACAGACACACUUAGAACCUUGGCAAGUGUUUACCUCUCUGGAGAAUUAGCUACUAGUAGCUAAAUUUCUAGGUCAUGGCUAAGGAAGGCCAGUCAGGAGAGUGACUCACUUUCCUGGCUCAAGGAGGACUCUUUCUUCCCUCCUGAGAAGAAAAGCAGCAGGGAAACAUUUUGGCCAAAUCUCUCCUUGGUCAGGACUACUGUACUCUUUUAGCAACGUGAAAUCUUUCCUUAGUAAAGCUGCAUGCCAUUAGCACUGGCAGAACAAAGGAACUGUCUUCCUUUUCUGGGAUGGAGAAAAAACCCACAAUUUUAAUCUGUGAAACAGAAGUUCUAACACAUUGCUUAGAAGUAGUUUAUGCCUGAAGAUGUACCUUUUUCUUGUACUGAAGUUUUGGAACAAUGUGCAGGGAAGCCGUGAAGGAUCCUUGGUUUGCUCUCUGCUUGCAGCUGAAAGCUUCUGUUUGAUUCACAAAUCAAAUUUCAGAGAAGCCGCUGCCCCACCCGCUGGGCUGGAUCUGUGAUCUGUCUGCCCUGGAGCUUAGAGGCAGGUGAGGAGAGCUACUUGCUGGGAGUUUUGCUGUGUAAUGCAAAGUUUCUAGACAGUGGGGAGGGGGCUUUUAAACAGCUCAGGCUUCUGUCAGCAUGCUCUCAUUUGCUGGCAGGAAGUGUUGUGACUUGCUGCUUAGAAUUACAAUUCUAAGAGGAAUGCUGGGCUUCCAGAAUUAACUUUCUGGGCGUGGAAGAAUGUUCCAUAUUUUGCUGUGGGGCUAAGUGAAGAAACAGAUCUGCUAUCCUCUGAAAUCUGGACGGGGCGAGGUAAGGAGACUGAAACAAUUUCGGGGAUCCAGAGCGGGAAGUCUUGGCUCAGUGUUGCUGCAGUGUGGCAAAAUGAAUUCUUGAGGCUAAGCUGACUUGCAAGAUUCCCCUCUCUUUUUACAUUUAACUUCCUCUUUACCACUGGUGUGUUAAGCAGUCCUUUUGAUAGAAGCGUACAGGAGAUGGAAUUCAGUCGAGACAAAUCUUAAGAUUAGAGUUUUUCUUGUGAAAAGAUAAGAGCAGAUUUGAGCAGUGUCUUAUGUUUUUGGACAGGCUACGAUGGCGGACUAAUAGCUCUGUAGUUCUGGUUUGCUUCUCCAAGAAAGCAGUGAGUAUAAUGAGAGCAAUGCUGGUCUGUCAUUCUCCACCCCAAGUCAUUUUUUCUAGAUAUAAGCAAAGGAACUGUGCCCUUAAAUAUGAUUCCAAAACUCACAGUAUGCUAUUAUAACAGAGCCAAUCAAAAUAGCGAGGGUUGUUUUUUUACUUCUCUCAGUGAUUCUUCUGCACACACUUCUGCUUUUAGAUCUGACAGUUGAUUUUUGUGAAGUAGGAGAAGCGAUUUUUUUGUGGGGGGGGAUGCUUUCGUGGGGUGGGACACUUCUUUGCAGAGCAUUCUAAGUAGAUAUUUUUUGCUCAUUUGAUAUGUGAAGCUACAAUUUAGGUAAUGGGAGGUAUUUUCUAGGUUGCUCUAGACAGGAGUGUAUUAAUGUUUUAAGUCAAGAAUUAAGUUAUCUAGUAAUGAGAUGCUGCAAGCUCCAGUGUUGAAAACAAACUUUCUUGUUGUCUUCAUUUUGACACUUGUAAUGUGAUACAUGGUCCAUGAAGCUAUUGCAAAAUGGGCUUUGGAUCUUUAUGUAAAACUUCAUUUGCUCUAGAGUGAGAAUUGGGGUUGGGGUGUGUGUGAGAACUGAGCAGGAUUCUGGAAGGGGAGUUCCUGCCAUCUACAACUCCCCUGGCUCCUUGUUGUGGGGCUGUUUAGGCAGGGCUCUGUGGUUGCAAUCCUGCACAGAGAAGAGCACCUAAAAUCCCUUGACUUCAGGGAUGCCAAGCACCUAUGGGAUUUUGCAGCCUGUAUACUGCCGGGUUGACCUCUUCUUUGAUUAGAGAAUCAAAAAUACUGCAACGAUUUCUUAACUUGUCCAUUUAGCCUUAGAACAGGCAGCAGUAGGUUAAACUAAACAUAAACUGUCCCAUUAGAAAUGGAAUAAAUGGGCUGCCCAACAGCUCUAGGGACCUCCAGUUGUUUUGCAACUCCAAACCAGCCCCACCCAGCAUUGACAAGAGCACCAGAAGAGCCUGCUGGGUCAGACCGAUGGCCCACCUAGCCCAGCAUCCUGUUCUUCCAGCGGCCAACCAGAUGGUUAUGGGAAGCCCACAAUCAGGAUCCAAGCACAGGAGCACUCUUUCCUCUUGCAGUUUCCAGGAGCCGGCAUUCAGAAGCCGGCUGGGCCAUUGGCCUGGUUUUAUGUUCUUAUCUAUAAUAAUUAAUAAUAAUAAUAAUAAUUUAUUAUUUAUACCCCUCCCAUCUGGCUGGGUUUCCCACUCUGGGUGACUUCCAACAGAAUAUUAAAAUAGUCUAUUAAACACUAAAAGCUUCCCUAAACAGGGCUGCCCUCAGAUUUCUUCUAAAAGUUUGGUAGUUGUUUUUCUCUUUGACAUCUGGUGGGAGGGCGUUCCACAGGGCAGGUGCCACAACCGAGAAGGCCUUCUGCCUGGUUCCCUGUAACUUGGUUUCUCGCAGGGAGGGAACCGCCAGAAGGCCCUUGGCACUGGACCUCAGUGUCCGGGCAGAACAAUGGGGGUGGAGACACUCCUUCAGGUAUACUGGACCGAGGUCAUUUAGGGCUUUAAAGGUCAGCACCAACACUUUGAAUUGUGCUCGGAAAUGUACUGGGAGUCAAUGUAGGUCUUUCAAGACCGAUGUUAUGUGGUCUCGGCGGCCACUCUUGUCACCAGUCUAGCUGCCUCAUUCUGGAUUAGUUAUAGUUUCCAAGUCACCUUCAAAGGUACCCCACAUAGAGUGCAUUGCAGUAGUCCAAGUGAGAGCUAACUAGAGCAUGCACCACUCUGGGCAGGUAGGGUCUCAUCCUGCCUAUCAGAUGGAGCUGAUAAACAGCUGCCAGGACACAGAAUUGACCUGCGCCUCCAUGGACAGCUGUGAGUCCAGAAUGACUCCCAGGGUGUGCACCUGGUCCUUCAGGGGCACAGUUACCCCAUUCAGGACCUCUACACCUGCCCACCUCCUGUCCCCCCAAAACAGUACUUCUGUAUUGUCAGGAUUCAACCUCAAUCUGUUAGCAGCCAUCCAUCCUCCAACCGCCUCCAGACACUCACACAGGACCUUCACCGCCUUCACUGGUUCUGAUUUAAAAGAGAGGUAGAGCUGGGUAUCAUCCGCAUAUUAAUGAACACCCAGCUGAUCUCUCCCAGCAGCUGCAUGUAGAUGUUGAAAAGCAUGGGGGAGAGGAGGGAACCCUGAGGCACCCCAUAAGUGAGAGCCCAGGGGUCUGAACACUCAUCCCCCACUAACACUUUCUGAACACGGCCCAGGAGAAAGGAACGGAACCAUUGUAUAACAGUGCCCCAGCUCCUAGCCCCUCUAGACGGUCCACAAGGAUGUUACGGUUGAUGGUAUCAAAAGCCGCUGAGAGAUCCAGCAGAACUAGGAAACAGCUCUCAACUUUGUCCCUAGCCCCCCAAAGAUCAUCGACCAGUGCGAUGAAGGCAAUUUCAGUCCUAUGAUGAGGCCUGAAUCCCGAUUGGAAGGGAUCCAAAUGGUCUGCUUCUUCCAGGCGUGCCUGGAGUUGUUCAGCAACCACUCGCUCAAACAGCUUGCCCAAGAAUGGAAGAUUUGAGACUGGGCAAUAGUUGGCCAUGAUGGCCGGGUCUAAGGAUGUUUUUUUAAGAAGCGGUUUAAUGACCGCCUCUUUCAGUGGGCCUGCGAAGGCUCCCUCACAGAGGGAAGCAUUCACCAUCCCACGAAGCCCAUCGCCCAGCCCAUCACCCAGUUCUAGACUACGAUUCUCAUCAUCCCUGGUCAGCAGGGCCAUAGGAUUUCAUUGGUGCCUCUAGGCAUGUGCCCCACACUCUGAGCUUUCUUUUUCCCCCCAAAGAAAAAGCAAGUCUCUAGCUCUCAUAGAACUUUAUGAGUCAAAAUACGCAGGUACUUCUUGAGUGAUUUCUGUGAAAUGAGGGUGUGGUGUAGCCACAUUGUAUAUUUUUAUUGGUACUGAGGAAUGCACCCUGUUGCUAUCAGACAGAAGUAGCACCUCCCCCGCCCUUCUCUCUGUGUGAAAUCAGUACCUUGUGAUCUCCAUAAUUGGGACCAGUAGGACAUAAUGGAAUGGUCUCCCUCUGGAGGUGGUGGACUCUCCUUCCUUGCAGGUUUCAAAGCAGAGGUUGGGCACCCAUCUGUCAUGGAUGCUUGAGCAGAGAUUCCUUCAUUGCAGGGGGAUGGACUGGAUGACUCUUGGGGUCCCUUCCAACUCUACAAUUCUAUUGAUUCUAUGACUUCCCAUGGUAAGGUUUGUGGAGGUGACUGUCUCUCUAAUUUUGUGUUUUGCUGCACUCCCCACGGCAGCCACUUUGUCCUAUGCCCCCGCACAACAGUUCUUUGGGGACUGGUGUUCUCUCAAAUUUCAAAAUGUGCCCACUGGUACAAAAAGUUGGAGAACUCCUUACUUAUAUCAUGCGAUAACCUAAAAAAAAAAACUUUCCAAGCCAGCUUGAUUGUGUGUGGGGGGGGGGAGUGGUAGGUGUGGUUCAGAUGGCUACUUAGCCAAAAUGGGUUUAGUAUUUCACUGCCUUCCACUUAAUCUGUCUUGCAAAGCAGGAUAUGUGAAAUUGCAGGGUAAAAUGAGAGGCUACUCUAAACCUUCAAGUUUUGUAAGUAAUUUCUUUGUCGUAUUAUUAACAAGGUUCACUAAAACAAUAUUAGAAAACAUUUUAACAAAAGAGGGUAACUGUUAGCUGUGUUGUUGUUUUCUUCAAACAGCAACACACAAACAUCUUGGCAGUGACUCCAUCUUAAUAAUAAUAAUAAUAGUAAUGUGGGAUUUUCACAAGUUUGCCUAUAAUGAAAUCUCAAUUCCAUUUCACUCACUCUCUCUGAAGACAAAAGAAGAUUUCAGAAUAGCUUGUGAGGCCUGAAUUGCAGCUCAGUUCAGGUAAUGUUGGGCUUGGCCAGGGAGGGGCCGGCACAUGGCUCUAGUUCCAAACCAUUUCAGGACAUAAGUAGCAAAGAAAACAGCUGAUAGCCUCUGUCUCCCAUCCCACAUUGAGGACUGGUACCUUUAAUCUGUUGCCAAGUUAAUAAAUAUUUUAUAUAUAUAUUUAAAUUAUUCUGAUUAGUUUUAGGAGUUCUCCUCCUACUAAAUUUUAAUGGCCCAGAAAGCCCCAGCUCCACUGCUUGCGUGCCAGCCAGCCUCUCGCUUUGAAGACUUCUCAUGUUCAAGCAUUUAUUCCAUUGUUCCCCAACCUGGUGCUGUUUUUUGGGAGUACAGCUCCUAUCAGCCAGCAUAGCUCAUUGGAGUUGUAGUCCAAAACAGCUGAUCUAUGAGCAGGGGUGGGGAACCUGAGGCCUGGGAGCCAAAUGUAGUCAUUUUGGGCUGGCCUCCUCAAGCCACUCCCCUCACACUUGCUGCCCUGGGGCUUCCUCAAGAUGUUGGGUUUUUUGCCUGGCUGGGGUGCAUAAUGAUCAGUGAUAACCACUUUUGCUCGCCUGAGUGGAGAGAGAUGUGUGGAACGUGUGUGUGUGUGUGUGUGUGUGUGUGUGUGUGUGUGUGUAGGGGUCUUUUGCAUGCCUGGAAUCUGACACUUGGCUCACUUUUGCCCCAGAUGAAAUGAGGCCCCCAGUCUAAAGAAGCUUCCUCCCCCUUUCCCAAACUUGGGUCCCCCCAGCUGUUUUUUGGACUACCAGCAUCCCUAGCUAGCAGGACCAGUGGUAGGGAUGAUGUGAACUGUAGUCCCAAAACAGCUGGAGACCCAAACAUGGGAAACGCUGCCUGGGGCAUUAGAAAAUCCUUGAUUGCAGAAACACUAAUGGCUUGGUGUGGGCGUGUUUCUUUUUUCUUGCUAGGAAUGCCUUCGCUGGCAGUUUGAAAUUUAUUUUAUUUCAUUCCUGUUAGAAUAUAUUGUUUAUGAUCUGCAGUGUUUGUGCCGUCUCGGUCCUAAUCUUUGUGGCCUAAUGGCAGCCUCUGCCUGACUGCUAGAGAGCUGUGGUGACCUUGCUGAGUUCUAUUUGUUUUGUUUCCUUGGGAGGUGGUGGACCCAGUAAAAGAACUGUUGAAAGAUGCUGAAAGCUGCUGGCUUUCAGGUAGAGGAAUGUGGAAAGGUUUCACUCCUCAUACCUUUAAGGAGAUUGAGCAAGUACUCUGCUCUGCCGGCUCCAAAAGUUCUUUCUUCUAUUUUUUUGUAAUCUCUGCUUGUUGCUGCUGCUAAACAGGUGGAUGAUAUGAGAGCUUAACCUUUUUGAACCGGGAUUAUUCUGAGUGUAGGUCACUUGGAACAGAAAGGGACUGGAUUUCUUUUCUUCAAAUUUUUGUUUGUGUAACUUCCACAGCAUGUGUGGAAAGGGCUUCGGGACAGAAAAAUAAAACCCCACCCUGAAAAAGGCCCGUGCAAACACAGAGGAAACAAAACCAUCCUAAACCAAAGCUACUGUAAGGGUACAACAGCAACUAAUAGUACUAGUACUAUGAGUAGUAAUAAUGGUAGUAGUAUUAAUACAGCAACAUCAGGAGGUCUCUUAAAAGAUACAUUGGGUAGAUGUGAAAGGUAUUAGCCUUCACAUUUUUAGAAAUGUAUAUUUUAGUGUCAGCAGCACUCACUCUUUGGGACUCCUUAUUGUUGGCAUCAGGCAAACACCUUUGCUGUGCUCUUUUCAGUGAAAAUAUGUGUCUUACCAAGCCUAUCCAGACAUGUAGGAAUUUGACAUGCAUUUUAAUCUGGUUUUUACCUUAGCAUUGAUCUUAAUCAUUUUUGAAUGUUUUAAAUUAUUUUUAACAACAAUGACCAAUGGCUCAUCUAGUCCAGCACUAUGUUCUGACAGUGGUCAAGAGCAUGCCCUAAUUGGAAGCACCCAAGCAGGACCCAAGUGCAGCUCAUGAUUCCCAGCCAGUGUUAGAAAUUCAGAUAUAUAUAAGCCAGGCACCAAGUGGCUUCUUAAACCAGGAUGGCUCCUUAAGCCCAAACAGAAUGCCUAGUUGCCAUUUUGGGGCCAGGCGGCUCAAAAGUUGUAUUUUUUAAUAGGACUUUUCAGUUCCUGAAAUUCAUUCUGAAUGUGCAGAUAAAAUAUAACAGAUAGAAUUCUACAGAAUGUCUUGCUAGUGUGUGAAAACAGGAUCCACAGGCAUGUACCUCCAAAUGGUAGAGACGUCAGGUGCCAAUCCUGGCGUCCAGGCAUCUCCACUUGGUUGUAAGUGGCUACUAGCCAGGUGCAAACUUCACUUGCUGAAUUUCAAAUGCUGUAUCCCAGCAAUGAAUAUUCAGAGACACAGGAAUAUUGACGGUGGCGGGUUGCUGGCCAUCACUGCCUCCAUUGUUUUAACUAUGGAGUGGCAGUCAUCCUUCCUGCACUUGCACUGGGCUUUGAAGGACCUCCAGAGGGAAGUGCAGCUGUGGGGGACUCCUAUAUUAUAUCUACACCUCCAGACUUGGGGUUGUGGGGAAGGGGGGCACAGGAUUGGCCCCGUGCUCACUGGGAGACAUAACCUGGUGUCAGGGACCAGUACCCCAUUCCUGUGCAUAUCUAGUCAUAAGCUGGUCCUGCAAAGCUCGAUGGGGCUUGCCCCCAUGUUCAUAGGGUGGCAGCAAGCAUGGUUUCGUGGGACCAAAAGCCAUUGGGACUUACUUCCAAGUGGACAUACAUGGGGCUGUGUUUAAGGGUGAGGGCAGGAUAUUGGUUGCCAACCAAAAUUUGUAGAACUCUGAUAUUUGCAUAGGGCCUUAUCUGUUCAAAGUGCUUCUCAAUAGUCUUCAUGAGAAAGGUGUUGACCAUUAAUAUCCCCAUAUUACAGAUGUGUGUAUCGGAGGUAGAGAGAUAAGAUCUCAGAAAGAACACCUAUAGCUGCCUAGUGAGCAUUCAGACUGAAGUGUAGGAGGAGGUCACAGCACAUAUUUGGCAUGCAGAAGGAAAUUAAAAGUUCCUGAGAUCUUUGAGAGUUGCUGUCAACGAGGACUUGCAUCCAGUUCAGUGCUAAUUAAGCAUCCCGUCAGCACAAGGAUUUCUUUCUUCAUGUGCAGUGGGACUUGCCCCCAUGGCAUGGCCAGCACUGUUGGUUAGAGUGUGGUACUACGGAUGCCAAGGUUGCAGGUUUCAUCCUCGUUUGGGGCAGCUGCAUAUUCCUGCGUUGCAGGGGGUUGGACCAAAUAAUCCUCAGGGUCCCUUCCAACUCUACGAUUCCUCCUGCUUGCCUCUCCCCCCCCCAACUUUCCCCCAAUCUCCUAGAUCAUAUUUGGGGAGAGUACAGGGUGCAUGUUUGAGCAUGGAGGGGGGAGAGGAGGAAAAACUCAUUGUGCAUAAGGGAAUUCUUGCACUGACAACGGGAUGCUUACUUAGCACUCUGUUGGAUACAAGCCCAGGGAUGUUUCAGUUUAAUGACCCCCUAGAUGAACUAAUUUCUAGAUGCAGUAUACCUGAAGGAGCGUCUCCACCCUCAUCGUUCAGCCCGAACACUGAGGUCCAGCUCUGAGGGCCUUCUGGUGGUUCCCUUGCUGUGAGAAACCAAGUUACAGGAAACCAGGCAGAGGGCCUUCUCGGUAGUGGCACCCGCCCUGUGGAAUGCCCUCCCACCAGAUGUCAAAGAGAAAAACAACUACCAGACUUUUAGAAGACAUCUGAAGGCAGCCCUGUUUGGGGAAGCUUUUAAUGUUUAACAGAUUAUUGUAUUUUAAUAUUUUGUUGGAAGCCGCCAAGAGUGGCUGGGGAAACCCAUUAUUAUUAUUAUUAUUAUAGAUAAGAACAUAAAACCAGGCCAAUGGCCCACCCGGUCCAGCAUCCAUCCUGUUCUCACAGCAGCCAAGCAGAUGCCAAUGGUAAUGGAAAUCCCCCAAGUGGGACUCAAGCAUAUUACCUCUCUUCCCUCCUGCAGCCUCCAGCAACUGGUACUCAAGAGGCGUUGCUGCCUCCAGCUGUGAAGGUGGAGCAUAGCAUCCUUUUGUACAAAGGAUGUGUACAAAAAAUGGAAAAGGGGGGAAACCACCAAAGAGGAAUUCAAACAAAUAGCCAGCACGUGUAGACACAAAGUCAGAAAAGCUAAAGCACAGAAUGAACUCAGGCUUGCUAGAGAGGUUAAAAGCAAGAAAAAAGGCUUUUAUGGGUACGUUCGUAGCAAAAGGAAGAACAAAGAAACAGUGGGGUCACUCAGAGGAGAAGAUGGUGAAAUGCAAACAGGGGACACAGAAAGGGCUGAACUCCUCAAUGCCUUCUUUGCCUCAGUCUUCUCCGAUAAAGAAAACAAUGCCCGACCUGAAGAAUUUGGAGCAAAUGAUUCAGCAGAGGAAACACAGCCCAGCAUAACUAAGGAGAUAGUACAAGAAUACUUGGCUAGUUUAGAUGUAUUCAAGUCUCCAGGGCCAGAUGAACUGCAUCCAAGAGUAUUAAAAGAACUGGCAGAUGUGAUCUCAGAACCACUGGCAGUCAUCUUUGAGAAUUCCUGGAGAACAGGCGAAGUCCCGGCAGACUGGAGGAGGGCAAAUGUUGUCCCUAUUUUCAAAAAGGGAAAAGAGAGGACCCAAAUAAUUACCGCCCAGUCAGUCUGACAUCAAUACCAGGGAAGAUUCUGGAGCAGAUCAUUAAGCAAACAGUCUGUGAGCACCUAGAAAGGAAUGCUGUGAUCACCAAUAGUCAGCAUGGAUUUCUGAAAAAUAAGUCAUGCCAGACUAACCUGAUCUCGUUUUUGACAGAAUUACAAGCCUGGUAGAUGAAGGGAACGCAGUGGAUGUAGCCUACCUUGAUUUCAGCAAGGCAUUUGACAAGGUGCCCCAUGAUAUUCUUGUAAAGAAGCUGGUAAAAUGCGGUCUUGACUAUGCUACCACUCAGUGGAUUUGUAACUGGCUGACUGACCGAACCCAAAGGGUGCUCAUCAAUGGUUCCUCUUCAUCCUGGAGAAGAGUGACUAGUGGGGUGCCACAGGGUUCUGUCUUGGGCCCGGUCUUAUUCAACAUCUUUAUCAACGACUUGGAUGAUGGACUCAAGGGCAUCCUGAUCAAAUUUGCAGAUGACACCAAACUGGGAGGGUGGCUAACACCCCAGAGGACAGGAUCACACUUCAAAACGACCUUGACAGAUUAGAGAACUGGGCCAAAACAAAGAAGAUGAAUUUUAACAGGGAGAAAUGUAAAGUAUUGCACUUGGGCAAAAAAAUGAGAGGCACAAAUACAAGAUGGGUGACACCUGGCUUGAGAGCAGUACAUGUGAAAAGGAUCUAGGAGUCUUGGUUGACCACAAACUUGAAAUGAGCCAACAGUGUGAUGCGGCAGCUAAAAAAGCCAAUGCAGUUCUGGGCUGCAUCAAUAGGAGUAUAGCAUCUAGAUCAAGGGAAGUAAUAGUGCCACUGUAUUCUGCUCUGGUCAGACCUCACCUGGAGUACUGUGUCCAGUUCUGGGCACCACAGUUCAAGAAGGACACUGGCAAACUGGAACGUGUCCAGAGGAGGGCAACCAAAAUGGUCCAAGGCCUGGAAACGAUGCCUUAUGAGGAACGGCUAAGGGAGCUGGGCAUGUUUAGCCUGGAGAAGAGGAGGUUAAGGGGUGAUAUGAUAGCCAUGUUCAAAUAUAUAAAAGGAUGUCACAUAGAGGAGGGAGAAAGGUUGUUUUCUGCUGCUCCAGAGAAGCGGACACGGAGCAAUGGAUCCAAACUACAAGAAAGAAGAUUCCACCUCAACAUUAGGAAGAACUUCCUGACAGUAAGAGCUGUUCGAUAGUGGAAUUUGCUGCCAAGGAGUGUGGUGGAGUCUCCUUCUUUGGAGGUCUUUAAGCAGAGGCUUGACAACCAUAUGUCAGGAGUGCUCUGAUGGUGUUUCCUGCUUGGCAGGGGGUUGGACUCGAUGGCCCUUGUGGUCUCUUCCAACUCUAUGAUUCUAUGAUUCAUUGUGGAUAGUUGCCAUCAAUAGUUGUCUCCCCCAUCUAAGUUGGUGGCCAUUACUGCCUCCUGUGGGACUUGAGUUCCAUAGUUUCAUCCCCAAAUGUUUUGGACUACAACUCCCAUCAUCCCGGACUGAGGCUUCUGGGAGCUGUAGUCCAGAACCAAGCAGACUGCUGAAGUGCAUUUGCAAUGUGAAAGAAGGGAAGCUCCUUUUGCACUAGCUGUUGUGAUCAACACAGGAGAAUUUCCAUUAUGCUUUGCUUCUGGUUAGAGGAAAGGACACCCACAGCAUAAUUAAUAGCCUAUUUCUCCAUUAGUGGUUCAUGUCUAUUGUCUGUAUGAAACCAGCUGGGCAGGCACAGGUGGGAAAAUUAAUUCUGAUUCCUUGGUGCCACACCUGGCCCUUUUUGUGAGCCAGGUUCAAAUGUUUAAGAACUAGCUAGAACUUCGUAAAAUACUCAUAAUUCUGUAUGGGGAAGCAGGAUAGAAAUGCAGUAAUUAAAUACAGGCAGUCUUACAGUUGUUGCUCUGCCUGCUUCUGCCUCUGGCCCACUGGAUGAAAACGUCUCCACAUAGCUGCCGCAGGAUGUGAACAGAAGUGGCUUUAAGAGGGUCGGCCACAGCAUGUGAAGGAGCAAAGUGGGAGCAUGCCUGUGAAUAUUAGUAGCUAGUUCAUGUGGAAAUGAAAGUGCCAGGGCUCUUAACUAUGACCUGCAAAUGGCGCGCGCGCGCGCACACACACACACACACACACACACACACACAAGCAUUUGACAGUAGCUGAAACAUUGGUGGCAGCCCAUUCAUCAGGUGAAGCGGAUCAUGCUCUAGACCAGGCAGCUGUUGCCUUUUCCCUGCUCCCUUGUCUCCUAGGCAGGGCUGUGAGUCUGGCCUUAGUCAGCAUGAUCUAAUUGUGCCGGCUUCUCCCACAGGAUUGCCCUGCCAUCUGGGCGUUCCCUGGCCUCGUGGGUUACUCCCUUGUCAUGGCAUCCGAUUGCAUUCAGAAAGCAAAAGCCAACGCUUAACUAAUUUGUGAUUAAUGCCUCCCUUGAGUGAACAAAUAGCAAUAUUGUCAUCGAGACAACGUCAGCAGUCUUUUGGGUGGGUUCCCUGUAAGCACGCUUGGAAGCAAGUUCCGAGUCCUUAUAAUUGUGUGGCUUUUUAAAAUCAGAUAGUUGCAGGUUAUGCCACAGCUGCUAGGAUGCUGAUUUCAUAGUUUCUCACACUGCACCAGAUUUCAUGGAUGUUGGAAAGGUGUUUUGUUAGCAGUAGCUAAACUUCUAGGCAACUCAGAGUAAAGUAGCCCACAAUGGAGGUUCUUAAUGCUAAGGCAGCAGGAUCUGGUAUGUUUUCUAGUCUGUUCUAAUAUAAGUAUUGGGGAGGAAUUGCAGCCGGCUGGCUGGAGCACUUACUCUGCGUUCAGAAAGUUCAAAGGCUCCAUUGUUAGGUGAUGGGCAAGAGCCUUCUCCAGGGACUUGGGCAGAACACAAGAAGUGUGCUGCAGAAUCAGUCACAGGCUCAUCUAGUCCAGCAUCAUGUUAUAGUGACCAGCCAGAGAACAGCUGCCAGUCAAAGGAAUCAUAGAACUGUAGAGUUGGAAGGGACCACGAGGGUCAUCUAGUCCCAACUCCCUUCAUUGAAGGAAUCUUUUUGCCCAACGUGGGGCUCAAACCCACAACCCUGAGAUUAAGAGUUUUCCUUGCCCACUGAGCUAUCCCAGGGGUGGGGGAUCUCUGGCUCUGGGAGCCACUCCUGAGUUUUUGUGUACCACUUUGAGCACAGACCUAUUUGUAGAAAAUGCAGCAGAUUAAUUAAUUGACGAUGGCUCUGACUGUGUUGCUGAGUCUGCAUGCCGCUCGUUUGCCCUAAUCUAACAAGUGUUAGAAAGCAAGAAGAAUGUCUAAGCGGCUAUUCAUUUAAGGGAGUUUGGCUAGAGCAGAGAAUGGAAGUGUUGAACAGGGAAAAGGAAGUGCAAAGAUAAUGGAAUAAAACACGGAGGGUGUGGAUGAAAAAAUGCAGAAGGAGAGAUGCUCUUGAGCUGUGGAACGGAGCCAUAGCUCAGUUGCAGAGCACAUUUCUUGCAUGCAGAAGGUCCCAGGUUCAGUGCUCAGCAUCUCUGGGUGAGGCCGGGGGAGACCCCUCUCUGAAUCCUUGGAGAACUGCUGUCUGUCAGUGCAGACACUACUGAGCUACAUGGACCAUUGGCAGCUUCCAGAGUGCCUGUCCAUCACCAUCCAAAAUGAUGGGAAUCACAGAAUUGCAAGUCGGAAGGGACCCAGAGGGUCAUCUUGCAGUUCAGUUUCCUGCAGUGCAGGAAUCCUUCCCACAGCUAUCCCUGGGAGGGCUUGAACCACAAACCUGCUGCUUAACACUGACCCAUUGUACCACCUGGGGGUAAUAGUGCUGCAGCACUUGGGAAAUGUUUUGACCUGAAGGGAACUGAAGGGAGAAGCAGAAUCCAAACCUGCAUAUAUGUCUCUUGCAGGACCAGGUGUGCACAAAGAGCCCCCGAAAAUAGCAGCUCAACCAGUUAACACAGUGAUUCCCAAACCUUUCCCCAUAAACCUGGUUCCAUAAACUCAUCCCCAGUGCCCCCUACCCUACCCUGUAAAAAGCAUUAUUCAGAAUAGCAGUUUGCACAACCUGCUAAGUGCAAGAGGAAAACAGAAAAGCCAAAACAGUAACAAUUAAUUGCACAUUGAUUCAGAAUCCAAUCAAAACUAUUUCGUUUAAUUAAUUCAGCAGAUAUGAUCCAGCGACACCAGCUUUUCAAAAUCUGAUAGUCAUUGACACCUGCAGCCCCCCCUCUGCUGCCCACUUGCCUCCCCUAGGUAAUUCCCCCUUCCUGCUCCCCCCGGGGGGCAUUGCUUUGGGAACCACUAAGUUAGAAGGUUGAAGGACCCUUUCAUCUGCUCUCCACCCCUGCAAUCUUGUCCUGCAAAAUCUCUUCUCUCUUUAAAUAAGUUUUAAGGAACACUGUAGCCAGUUAACUUCAGAAUUAUCUUUCAGCAACAAACAGAGCCUCUGGCACGGAAGGAAUUUGAUAAACAAGGAAGUAAAUUAAUCCUUCAGGCUUUGAAGGAACGAUGGCAAAAAAAGAGGAGGAGAUAUUUAAUCUGAAAACACCCUCCUCUCCUCUUACUGAGCUUAUUGGGAUGGGUGGUAGGAGGCAGCCCCAUGAAUAGAGGAUCUUUCCCAUCUGAUGUCUCCUUCACACAUUAACUUUUGCUUCCCGAGAGGAAAUAUUCAGCUGCAUUCCCACCAAACUUUUAAAGCAACACCCUGUCACUCUAGUUUAAAUGAAUAUGGCUUCCCCCAGAGAAUCCUGGGAAGUCCAGUUUGUGAAGGGUACUGAGAAUUGUUAGGAGACUUCUAUUCCCCUUCUAGAGCUACGGUUUCCAAAGUUUCCUGUGAAGAAGGGUUGGUUGUUAAACCACUCGUGAGAAUUGUUUAGGUGAGCCCAUCAAGGCAUGUAGAAAUCUGACAUUUGUUUUAAGCUGGUUUUUAGCUUUUAUUUUAAUUAUUUUUGAAUGUUGCAAAAUGUUGUUUUAAAAUGUUUCCUUAAUUGAUUAUAUAUAUAUAUAUAUAUAUAUAUAUAUAUAUAUAUAUAUAUAUAUAUAUGGUGGUUUACCUUUCACAAAAUGUUUUGAGGUUACAACUGAGCAGUAUAUGUAAAUUUUGAGAAAUAAGCCAAUAAAGUAGCGGAAAGGGAAGUUGGAAUGAUUCCAUCACAGCCAGAAAGGUUUGGGGACUUUCCUGUGCUCACAUGUAAAUGAAGAGCCCCUGCAUCAACUGGGAGCUUCCCUGUGACACAAGAUUUGUGGGACUUGCAACUGAGAGGAGCCAAUGCUUUGUUGCACCAAUGAUACUCUCUGUGGUCUGCAUGCGAUGGAUGAAUACAGGAUGCUUAGGGGCUCUCCCCUAUCGACUUUGCUGCUGCUUCCUGCAUAGUAAUCCUCUACCAUGUGGAAGUUGAGUUUCUCUCUCAAACAGGCUUCAGAAAAGGGCUCGGUGGCUCAUAAAACUCUAUUCUGCCCUGCUUAGAGCUGAAAACUGACCCUUGAACCCACAUCCCAAUUGCUGCAUCCUUCAAGCAGGCUUCUGUGGCGCCUCUGGGUGGGGGGACGACUCCUCCAGAGCCCCUUUUCUUCCAUUUUAAAACAGCAGAAGUGGUUUUAUUAGUGCUCUCUGCUUUCAGAAACAGGAGCUGACCUCGCUCUCUCCGUGUUUAAUAGAGUCAACGAAGCAUUACUAACCAUUGCAUGCAUCUUUCUCUCCACCCUGCCCCUCUUUCUGUCCCCCAACAGGACUUGA